GGCUUCCGUAGCUGUCAAACAUGAGCUCCCUACUGCCAGUAUCGGUGAUCUCCGCCUCUUCCUGAGUUCCUAUAGAAAACUUAGCCGAGCUCGUGUGUGGCUGCAUGCGACCUAGCUGGUUAUGCCUGUUAUAGUUAACUCCUAGUGGAAGGCGGGAAGCGGUGUCAGAGGAGAUGGCUGGAGCCAUGGGUACAAUGUAUUUAGUAAGUUGACAUAUUGCAGGAUCGUCUUCUGACAUGAAGAGUUACCAUGUGUGCCUGUAUUGCCGGGAGACAGCUUGUGAUCCCACUCCACAGUUAUAUUGUAAAUACAUGGUUAUUUUACAAUAAGGAAUCAAAUCUCAGUCUAUGUUAAUAUCAUAUUUGCAUGCAGCAUGGCAUUGUGUUCGGAGUUUCUGAGAGUUGUGUAAACGCUCUCUCCCCUCUCAGUUAAGAAUAGUUUCGGACAAUAACAUUUUAACAAAUGUUCGCUCAUCUGCUGUCAUGGUAUAGCUAUAACGCCAUUAAUCAAAUUGGUUUCUAGAUAUAAUAAUAAUAGAGCAAAAUUAUUUCAUAAGAAACUAAACACCAGAACUACUGCAUAACUACUUAAAGGGACACUGUAGUCACUAUAACCACUUUGUCUCUUUGAAUUAGUUAUAGUGCCUGGAGUGCCCUGGUACUGUCCCUUCAUUCAGUGUUGCACCACGUUUGUGCAGUAUGCCACAAAAUAAGAGUCCCUGGCCACCCACAGUCCGGCCCCUUCUGUAUGUGUAGCUAAGGCAGAGAUUACACACUUCCUUGUUGUCAUACCCACUCAUACCGUCAGUUGGAGCUCUGACAGGUUAAAAGCAGUUAGCUGACACUCUCAGCCAAUCACAGCUGCCCAUUGCUGCUCAGGGUAAUACUUCCUUAUUAGCCAAAGCAGCACAGAGGGGAUGGACUGCCGUGGUCUCUUGUUUAGCAUUACAACAUUAAAAACUGUUUAAUGCUGAAAGAAAUGAUGGCACUAGGGGACUCCAUACACUAUAACCAGUUUAAUGAGAUGAAGCAGAUACAGUGCCUACCGUGUCCCUUUAAUGUAUGCAAAGAGACUUCCUUGUCUCCUCUGCAAUGCAAACACUCCAUUUUCUGUGAAAAGUAAGUGUUUACAUUGUGGUCUAAGACCACCUCUAGAGGAUGUCACCCCGGGGUGCUAAAAAUGCUUCCUGUAGUGGUCCUGCAGUCUUUUACAGAGCUGACAUGUGGCGUCUUUACACUGUGCAUGAUGACUCCAAACAUUCCCCAUAGGGACGUAUCUCUAUGAGGUGAUAUUGAAUGACGCAGUGUGUAGAUUGCUGAGAACGCGCAGUAGCCGCUAUGGGGGAAGCAUUGGAUUUGCUGAGAUCAUCUGUAGUGAUGAUCUCAGCCAAUGGAAGAGCAGCGGCCGGGGGUACUAAAGGUAAGCUUAACUUUUUAUUUAACUAUUUAAGUGUGCGUGGGGAGUUAUUGAUCUAUACAUGUUUGUGUUUCUAACAAUAGAGUGUUCCUUUAAAUGGGCACUCUUGGCAACGUAAAUGCUAGAACUGACCACUCAGUAAAGAUGCAUGCAUUUUAAAAAGCUAAAUCUAUAUUUAGAGGGUUACUCCAACCUGCAUGACCACAUAAAUGAUAGAUGUAAAUCUUUUCUGCUAGUAUACCUUUUAAGUAGGAAAAAAAGAUUAAAUUUCAAUGUGUUCAACUUUUUUCAUUAUCAUUAAUGAAGUUGAUAAACUUCAGUUUGCACUAUUGUGAUUCACAGCAAAAUGACUUUAGAAGCAAGAAAAGAGAAGUCUUUGAAGAUAUACUAGAGGAGCGCCGGCAGUCCAGUGAUCUAUGUUAUGCUAUGAAAUGUUACACACCAGUGAUCUACAAGAAUCUUACCCCUUGUAAGCCAAGUGCCAUAAAAUCUAUUGUCUUGGGAUCCAGUCAGCUGCAAUAUGUUAUCAAACAGGUGAGUUUAAAUUGAUUUGCAUAGAGCAAAUAUAAAGUUUUAAAGUGGCACUGUCAUGCCGAACUUGGCUUACCCCAAUUGCGUCCUCUUCUCUUCCUCUCUGAGGAUCUGUUCUUCAUUUCUUCCUAACUGAUCUAGUUUUCUUUAAAACAUAGGACAAAGUCCCUGCUUUGUCUUAUUUUUUUUUUUUACGCUUGACCAACUUUGACCCACUUCAUGUGCUCAAGGAAAUUUUCCCACAGUACGCACCCUUUCCUCCGUGAUUUUGCGAUACCUCCUUUCAGAAUUUCUGAACGUCCUGUCAUAUAGACAGGUCGCAAGCAAAACUACAGAUUUUUGUCGUAACAGAAUUAGUACAGUUUGCCCAUUCAUGUUAGGACUCAAUUUGGUACUUAUUUGUGCCGCAGCUGCAUCUGGCAGUCACUUACUAAAUAGCUCCUGAAUUCCAACGGUAUUAGGGAGCUAUCUACUAAAAGGCUGAAACACCAAAAUUGGUCUUUCAGCUAAAUUUACUACUACUAUGUAAAAACUACUUAGUGUUAGUAAGUAAGGGAGAUUAACAUCUCCCUUUUGCCCCUACUAGCUAUGCUGCGAGUAGGGACAUGUCUACUAAACAAUGCUCACUGUUGUAAAAGGAAAAAAAGCCCCCCUCCUUCCCACAACGUGCCCCGUGGUGGGACACCUACCUGAAUCCCCUUCAGACACUCACCUGAAUCCAGCUCCGAUGUCCUUCAGCGCUGGGUCAGCUCAUCGGCGAACGUCGGCGGUGGAGACCUAAUGCGCAUGAGCGGCAAUGGAAACACGGGCGCAUUACACCUCCCAUAGGAAAGCAUUAUUUAAUGCUUUUCUAUGGGGAUUCCGGCGAUGCUGGAGAUCCUCAUGCAUAGCGUGAGGACGUCCAGCGUCGUUUAGAUGACCAAAAGUCGUCUAAGAAGUUGGAAGUCCCUCUAGUAGCUGUCUGGUAGAUGGCCACUAGAGGAUGACUUAACCCUGCAAGGUAAAUAUUGCAGUUUAUAAAAAAAAAAAAAAAUAAUGUCUAUAAUGUCCCUUUUUAUAGUAACUAAAUAUAAAAUGUAUGUAUUAGACUUCACUUAUAGAUGGGUAACUGUUUUAGUUUUUGUUUUCUAAUUCAUUCUAAAGUUGUAGAAGUAUAGAAUGAAUGACAAAGUGGGAGAAAACAAUGUAACAAAGCUUACAUUUAAAUUAUAUAUCAGAGGGAUGCAGCUCUUUUUUAUGAUCUGAAACCAAACACGUGGAUCAAAACUGGGCUUUUUAUUGUAAUACUUUUCUUUUUUAAAAUGAACAUUUUGAAGAAAAGGAAAUUUUACAGUUAUUGUUUUUAUCUUACUUUGAAAACUAAAUACACAUAUAGGAAUAUAGGAACCCAGUUCCAAUGGACUCCAGGCAGGUACCAUAUAUACUUCAGUCAGUCGAAACAAAUUAAAACCAACAUGGCUUAGUAGAGAAGUAAAACAAGAGAUUACAACUAAGAGAAGGGCAUUUAAAGCAUUUAAAUCGGACAAAUCAGAUGCAUCUUAUAAAAGAUAUAAGGAUGCAAAUAAUGCGUGCAAAAAGGCAAUUAGACUUGCUAAACUUCAAAAUGAAAUAAUGAUAGCUGAAGAGAGCAAAACCAACCCCAAAGCAUUUUUUAAGUACAUAAAUUCUAAAAAACCCCAAAAUGAAAGUGUAGGUACACUAAAAACUGAAACGGGGGUGUUAAUUAAUGAAGACCAGGAAAAGGCAGGAAUUUUAAAUAACUUUUUCUCCUCCGUAUAUAUUAAGGAAGAACCCAUGGCAAUAGAUGUGCAAAUGAUUGCUACUAAAAACUUGCAGAAUAAUUGUAAUUGGUUAACUCAAGACAAGGUGCUGCAGCAACUAAAGAAAGUUAAUAUAAACAAAGCUCCAGGGCCUGACGGUAUCCAUCCACGUGUACUUAAGGAACUAAGUGCAGAAAUAAGUGAACCUCUGUUUUUAAUCUUUCAAGAUUCUUUUCUUUCAGGAAGUGUUCCGGAGGAUUGGAGGAAGGCAGAUGUGGUUCCUAUAUUCAAAAAGGGUUCAAAAUCCUUGCCUGGAAAUUAUAGACCUGUGAGCUUAACUUCUGUGGCUGGUAAAAUAUUUGAAAGUUUAUUAAGGGAUAAUAUUCAAGAAUUCCUUGAGAAGAACAUGGUUAUCAGCAAAAAUCAGCAUGGUUUUAUGAAGCACAGGUCAUGUCAAACUAACUUGAUUGCGUUCUACGAAGAAGUAAGUAGAAGUAUAGAUCAGGGUGUUGCCGUGGAUGUGAUCUAUUUGGAUUUUGCCAAGGCAUUUGAUACAGUUCCACACAAUAGAUUAGUGUUCAAACUCAAGGAAAUCGGUCUAGAUGAAAAUGCUUGUUCUUGGGUAGAACAUUGGCUUAAAAACAGAGUACAAAGAGUUGUCAUUAAUGGUAAAUUUUCAAGCUGGACAGAGGUGGCAAGUGGUGUCCCUCAGGGGUCUGUUCUGGGACCCCUUCUAUUUAACAUGUUUAUAAAUGAUCUUGAAGACCGCAUUGAAAGUCAUGUUUCAGUGUUUGCAGAUGACACAAAACUUUGUAAAACAAUACAAUGUGAGCAAGAUAUUACUUUGCUGCAGAGGGAUUUAGAUAGACUGGGGGACUGGGCACUCAAAUGGCAGAUGAAAUUUAAUGUUGAAAAAUGCAAAGUUAUGCACUUCGGCGUAAAGAAUACACAAGCAACGUAUACCCUUAAUGGAAGCGAAUUAGGGAUAACAACACAUGAAAAGGACUUGGGAAUUGUUAUAGACCACAAACUAUGCAACAAUGUGCAAUGUCAAUCAGCAGUGGCCAAGGCCAGUAAGGUAUUGUCAUGCAUGAAAAAGGGCAUUCAUUCUCGGGACAAGAAUAUAAUUUUGCCUCUUUAUAAAUCACUGGUAAGACCCCAUAUUGAAUAUGCUGUGCAAUUUUGGGCACCUGUUCUAAAGAAGGAUAUUAUGGCACUAGAAAAAGUGCAGAGGCGGGCUACAAAAUUAAUAAAAGGAAUGGAACAUAUCGGCUAUGAAGAAAGGUUAACAAAUUUAAACCUAUUUAGUUUAGAAAAACGUCGCCUGAGAGGGGAUAUGAUAACAUUAUACAAAUAUAUUCGGGGCCAAUACAAACCAUUGUGUGGAAAUCUAUUCACAAACCGGACUUUACAUAGGACACGAGGCCAUGCGUUUAGACUGGAAGAAAGAAGAUUUCGUCUAAGGCAAAGGAAAGGUUUUUUUACUGUAAGAACAAUCAGGAUGUGGAAUUCUCUGCCUGAAGAAGUGGUUUUAUCAGAGUCCAUACAGAUGUUCAAACGGCUACUAGAUGCAUACUUGCAAGAACAGAAUAUUCAAGGAUAUAAUCUUUCAAUGUAGGGUAAUAACUGCUUGAUCCAAGGAUAAAUCUGACUGCCAUUCUGGGGUCAAGAAGGAAUUUUUUUUCCUAGCUUGUUGCAAAAUUGUGCUUCAAACUGGGUUUUUUUGCCUUCUUUUGGAUCAACAGCAAAAAACAAAUGUGAGGAAGGCUGAACUUGAUGGACGCAAGUCUCUUUUCAGCUAUGUAACUAUGUAACUAUGAUUGCCUACAUUGUUCAUUUUAAUCUUGUGUGGUGUUUUUUUUUUUUUUUUUUUAAAUAAUAAUAAUAUACAGCCAGCUAUAAAGGAAGUUUAAUCCAUAUGUAGUAUAUGUCUGUAACAACUGUAAUGCUGCCUUGUAGAUAUCUUUGGAAUCUGGCGAGUCUUCUGAAAUUAUCCAAGAGCAGGCUGCUGAAAUCCUUGAUGAAAUGGCUCACAAUUUACAUAUGGGAGCCGUCAGACUGUUUGCCAUGAGCUUGAGCAAGAUCUUUAAACGGCUUUUCCAGAAAGUGUGUGUGAAUGAAGAAGGUAUACAUAGAGUAAGUAUUAGCCACACUGAAAUAUUGGCAGCUCUACAUAAUGCUUUAAUUAGAGAACACCAGGUCUGAGUAUGGUUACCAUAUUGACAAUAUGCUGGAACAGUUUAUAUAAAGUGGCUCUGUCACCAAAUUCUUCCCCAUAAACCAGCCAAUGUAUCCCUCUUUCGAGCCCUUCUGACCCCUCCCAAUGUUUAGCGACCCUGGUACCAGUGCUACUUACUUUAAAAUAAAAUAAAAUAAUUUUUUUUGUGGAUGGCAGAUUGUAGAUCCUUGCAUCAGUCUUUCUUUGAUAGUUUAGAAUAAGGAAUCCACACAAACAAUUGAUGACAUGGCACUGAAAUUAGAUGAGUAACAGCUUGAUGGCAUUUGACAAAUGACAUUGAGCUUGAAAAAGGUUCCACCCAUUUUCAACUUUUGUAAACCUGCAGGUCGUAAAUAAGUGUUUGCUACCCAUUAAUGAUAUUUAAACAUGCCAGUACAAUAAUAAUGCUAAAAAAGUGCUAGAGCCACUUUAAGAAAACAUGUUAUCCAAAAUGAAUUUGGAACAGUAGAGAAGAAACACGUUGGCGAUUUGUAUUCUCUCCUAAACAUUGGUGCAAAAAUGUAAAAGAGGAGGAAUCGCUAAUGGUUUCUAUAGGGGUUGCAUCACUUUUAGUACUUUUAACCACUUUUUUAAAAAAUAACACUUAUUGUGAAGAAAAUAGCAUGUUAUUCAAGACUUUUAUUGCCAUUAGGGACUUUUUAUGUUUUAUUGGUUCGGUAGCUGUAACUACCGAACACCGACCACCCCCGGCUCAUUAUCUUCAAAGAAAACUGUCUAUUGAGCGAUCUCCUUGUGUGGCUGCUGUUCGUAUAGCCGAAUGCCACGUGCAAGAGAAAAUGGCGGCCAUCUUGUUCGCAUGAAAGGAGGCAGCAGGACUUGGUUGUCGAGUGUCUGGAACUAAAAUCGGACACUCGACUUCCCGAACACCGGUCAAACAAUACGAACGCCUGCUUUCUUUUCCCGAACAGCCAGGAGAGCGCUGUUUGGUUCCCACGAAUCAGGGGAACAAUCGUAACUAUGAGCCAGGGGGCUCCGUUCAUGCAUUUAUUCGUUUUUAUGACUUUCUGAAAUAGACCGACCGUACAGCCUAAACUCAUGGAACUGUUUCUGGGCAGGAGCCUCGUGUGCUGUCGGUCAAAUGGGACUUCCAUAAAAUUCAAAAACCCCUGAACUGAUGUGGGGGAUUUUUGGAUAUGUUGGUCACCCAGAUCAGGGCUAUCAGGGGAUGGGACUUUUAUGGGGAUACUUUGUGUUUUAGGGUACGUUCCAAGUUUUGGGGAAAAUCUGUUUUUACUGCCUGGAGAUAAUUGAGUUAUUAAGUUAGCUGACUCCAUUAUCUCACAGGCAGAGAGGAGGGGUGUAACGGAUCACCUGGCACCCCGACUGGGUACCUCUGUUGAUGGAUGCUCUUAGUGCUUCCCGAGGGCUCCAAGCACUCCGCCAGACACCAUAACCACCACAGACCUCCAGAAUCGUUGCAGCUUGGUUGGGGUCUCGCCGUCUUCUACCCACCCUGGAACUACUACAAGGCUCCAGCCUCCAGUGGGUAAACUCCAAGAGAGUAACGCAGGAACAAGCUCUUAAAAGAGCUUAGUAGUGAUUAUAGCAAAGAAGUAUGAGGAGCAUAGCAAUCCCUUGUAGCAGAUUCCCCCAAUAAGAGACAGGACUCUAAAUUGAGGGUGAAGUAGAACUGCAGUUUAAUGACACAUACUCUGCUUUUAUGCAAUUCUCCCAUGCAAGGGAGACACCAAGAGACAAUCAGUAACCAUCCAAUCGCUAACUGGUUACAUCCCACACAUCCCCUCCCCUUAGCCUGAGAGGUAACACAAUUGACCGUACAGUUUAAACACACAUUUUACCCAAUUUCUAUAACUUUAAAACUAUACAUCACAUUUUCUGAAUCAGCAUACAUAGGGAACAAACAUAUCCAAAAAUCAUUUGAAUCCGUUCAGCCGUUCGGGAGUUAGCUGGAAGUCAUAUUUUGACCGACCACACGCACGCACAUUUUCAUGCCCAAAACAGUUCCAUAGAUUUGGGCUGUGCGGCCGGUCUAUUCAUCCCAAUAUAAAUGUCAUUCGAAUGCAUGAAUGGGUGCCGUCCAUGCAAAUAGCAGUGUUAAUGUGGCGUUCAAAUUGUCGAACACAGUUCGCCUCCAUUCGAAUGGGGAAGUUCCAAAGAAGGUAAAUCUUCAGCGAUGUUUGUGCCGUCGAGUAUCCGAUUUUAGUUCUAUGAAUUCGACAACAAAACACAGCUGACCGCGUUCGGCUGAAUUAAAAUGGUGUUCGUUUGUUGAAUGGCGGCCAAUUUGACUACUUCGGCUGCAUCCGAAGUGCCAGUUUAGAAGUACAGAUCCUUUGCAUAGGAGUUAAAAGGCCAUAAGCCGCACAAUAAAAUCCAUUAUGCCCAAGUAACACUUUUAACGGGCAAUCCCAGGGGCCAUAGUCACAGGGCAGGAGGCGGGCAAGCAGGCCCCUCCAAAAACUCAUAGCAAACUCCCUUAAAUGGGUAAGUUUGCCACAAGGAGAUUGUCUGUCUGUUUAGAGUUUAUUUAAGGAAUGGCUGAUUUCCAUGUGCUGCAUGUAAACUGCACAUUUGAAAUGUUUACUUAUUGCUAAGCAUGUUUUUUUUUUUUUUUUUGCACAGUAUGUAGCUAUUUUUAGUGGGUAAACAAUAGGUGUACAAUUUAAAGUGUUAAUAAAAUGUACUUGUCAUAUAAGGUACACACAUAUAUUUUGCUUUACCUGCAAAGACAACGUAAGAAUGUUUGUUUUAAUUCAGUGAAAUAGGGUUUUAGUGUAAACUGAUAUUAUUUUAUGUUUGUUUUCAUUUUUUGAAAUCUAAUUCUAGGAGUAUUAAUCCUAAAGUAUUUCUCUUGGCAUACCAUUUACAAAUUAUGACUAACUGGUGAUUUCAUCCUGUUUUAAAAGUUGUUGUGAUCAUCUUUAUGUGUCUUUUACUAAGCCAAUCACAUUCUUUAUACAUGUAUGUUUUGAUUUACUCCUGUAGCUUACUCAAGCUAUUCAGGAACAUCCUGUUGUCCUCUUGCCCAGCCAUCGGAGCUACAUUGACUUUUUGAUGAUGUCCUACAUUUUGUACACAUAUGACUUGGCACUUCCUGUCAUCGCUGCUGGAAUGGGCAUGUAUUUACCUCAUUAUGAGACUUUGACUUUGAUGUACAUAUCUCUCUGUAUAAAAUGAAACGUUUUACUUACUUGUGUCUGAUGGUAGCCUAAAUGCUUCCACAUUCUACUCACCCACUAACAGUGGACUAGGUGAAAUUACAUCUUAGAGUUACAGUUUAAUGAUUUGUUUAGUUAGACUGUUUAGUUUACCAUCUUCUUUUUUGAUAAGUGAUUCUUUUCCUGGGGAAUAAACUACAUGUUGCAUAUGCUUUUGGGAUUUAUGGAAUAAGAUCAAACCUCAUUGACCAGAAUGAAAAUCUCCCAAUUUUCUUUUAAUUUUUAGUGUUAAUGUUUUGUUUUUUUUUUGCAUGUUUUUUUUUUCUAUUGCAUUAUUAUUAUUAUUAUUAUUAUUAUUAUUAUUUUUUUUUGUGUUUGUGGAUUGAUAAAAUAGUUAAUUUAAUUUUGUAAUGUUUUAGACUUCAUGGGAAUGAAAAUUGUUGGAGAACUGUUACGUAUGUCAGGAGCCUUCUUCAUGCGUCGCACGUUCCGAGGGAACAAACUAUACUGGGCAGUAUUUGCAGAAUAUGUAAAGACUAUCUUGCGGGUCAGUAUAACUGUUCAUGCUAGACAGGGCAUUUAAUAGUGUGUACUGUGCUUUAUACUUUUUUUCAAAUUGUACAUAGCAAUGGUCGUUUGUACUUGAUCUAUGUGUACUCUAAUUUGUUUAAAUACAUUUAGACACUGUAACUAUGCAUUUAUUAAUUAUUUGUAUUUUUUGUUUGUUACUGAUCAAUUUUGUAUGUGAAAGCAAAUAAUGAAUGUGCUUAUGUUGGUUUUGUUUUGUUUUUUUAAAUUAAAAAAUGUAGUACAAUAUUGGGGUCUUAUUUCCCAAAUUGCCAAAAUAAAGUAUGUAAGGAUUUUAUUAGUCAUUUUGAUUUUCUCAAAGGACAUGCAUUAUAUCUAUCAAUUUCCUUUAAUUCUUGUAAUUUGAAUGUGUUUAUAUCUCUGGUACUUCCUUUGAAUCAUACUUAAAGUGAUCUGUCAUGUUCGGGGAUUUAGCAUAUUUUUUUUAAAGACCACUUAAAGUUACAAUUCUGGUUAGGGUCCAGUGGCCACAGAGUGCCGCAAAGGUAGGUAGGUAUUACUUGCUUGAUUCUGUCCCUCGUGGCUGCUGCCAUUUCUUUCUGAGGGGCUCUGUUCAGCUCCUGGUGCUUCACCUGCUAGGGCCGUGUCCAUGUAUUACACUUGUGCACUUACUAAAGUCUACUACAGAUGUGAAAGAAUAAAACCGUGAAGAGACCAUGUAAGCCUGCAUAGAUUGAUAUACAAUGAAUUACUAAAUGGUAAAAAUAUACCAAUAGUAAGAAAUGUGCGUAGUGCUAAAAGUAGUGUAACAUUUACCCCUAGGGGUUGAAAAAUGACAACACUGUAAAGAUAAAUAAAAAACACAUAUAGUGUAACACCGUAGGUAAUUGGUCAGUGGGUUAUUAUAAAAACUAAUAUACUUACAUAGGUAAGAGCCCAGUAUGGAUAGGCUCAGGUCACUUCAGCUUUAGUGUACUCUGGUGACACUCAACCUUUUCUUAUGAAGUAUAAAUAUAGAGGGGCAGAGCCAACCAACUGUAGUGCACCGUUUGCUUCUCAUUCUUAUCCAUUUAAAAAAGAGCAAGGACUUUUUUAUUUGGCAAGCGAGAGGAGGAAAUGACGUAAUGGACUGCCGUCCUGUAACUUCCUGGAUACAAGGAUAGUUUAUGGAAGAAGUAACAAGCCGACAAUAACUCGCAAGUGAUGUCGGGCGCCACAAUGUGAUUGGAGGAACCACGAGCGGGGCUUUAUCAAUCAAAGCACACUUAAGGUUAUUUAAACAAUGGAAAUCUAUUCAUAAACGGGGCUAUACAUAGGACACGAGGUCACACAUUUAGGCUGGAAGAAAGGAUAUUUCAGUUAAGACAAAGAAAAGUUUUUUUUUUUACAGUAAGAACAAUAAGGAUAUGGAAUUCUCUGCCUGAAGAGGUGGUUUUGUCAGAGUCCAUACAGAUGUUUAAACUGAAAUUGGAUAAAUACUUACAAAAACAUAACAUACAGGGAUAUAAUUUCUAAUUAGUGGGGUAUUAGCUGCUUGAUCCAAGGAGACAUCUGACUGCUAUUUUGGGGUCAAGAAGGAAUUUUUUCCUAGUUUGUGGCAAAAGUGGAAACGCUUCAGACCAGGUUUUUUGCAUUUUUUUUGGAUCAACAGCAACAACAUUUGUGAGGAAGGCUGAACUUGAUGGACGCAUGUCUCUUUUCAGCUAUGUAACUAUGUAAUCUACUAUUGCUGCUGCUGAAUAAAGAAGGGUUGUAUCUCCCUUAAUUGAUACAUCUACCUAUAUACUAGGUGCCAGGUCCAGGCACCUUGAAAGGUGAGAGGCAAACUGUGCACUACAGUUGUAAACUGUGACUUAGUUUAAUGCACUAGGGAUGACUCUGCCCCCCUGUCUCCCCCUUUUGGUCUUCUUCCUCAUGAGGAAAUGGACCCUCUAUACUUCAUAAGAAAAGGUUGAGUGUCACCAGAGUUCACUAAAGCUGAAGUAACCUGAGAUUAUCCAUACUGUGCUCUUACCAUUGUGAGUGGAACAUUUCUAUAAUAGUCCACUGACCAAUUGCCUAUGGUGUUACACUAUAUGUGAUAGUCCAUCGAUACUCCACUCCGACUUCCCGUAAUUGUCUCGUGACUGAGCUCAUGGACCUCCGCAAUUGUAAGGUAUUCCUAGUGAGGUCAUGAAAAAAAUGUCAAUUUGGAGUUCUCAAAGUCCAGUGGCGGUUUGCCCUUCACUGCUGCUAGAAUGCGGUUCCUGUCUGUCACGGAGUGGUAGCGAACAAUUACGUCGCAGGUGGCAUCAGACGGAGCCUGUUGGGACUUGUUUAUCCUGUAACAGCCCUCUAACUGAAUUUUUUUUGGGGGGGAGGGGGGGGCUGAGAAUUAGGUAGGAGUGUGUCUGUCAGCCGUCUUAAAUUAUGUGGCAGUUCAGCCUGGCGUAUUGUGUCUGGGAUACCUCGAAGUUUAUUAUUGGCGCGUCUCUUGCGGUCUUUGGCGAGAUCUACUUUCUGUGUCGGGGUGGUGUGGGAGUGUAUUAGGCUGUGCAUCUGGUUUUUCACCUCUUGAUCUCUUGCUUGAGCUCAUGGACCUUGGCCUCUGAAGCCUGCGUGCGUGCACUUGCUGCCUGCACCUCGGUACAGACUACGUCCAGGUGGACCGCCUACAUCUGGCCGCCGAGACCUAUGCAGUAAACCUAAAUUAUGUGUGGCCCCAUGCAAUUGUUUUUGGUCACAAUAUUGUGUUGGCAAAUCCAAACCAACGCUGCUUAGUUGUGUAGAAGUAUACUCAAACACAUUUUAUCAUUGAUUUUAUUGGCUUAAAAUACUAUUUAAUUUCCUUUUGCAGAAUGGAUAUGCUCCAGUGGAAUUCUUUGUUGAAGGUCAAAGAAGCAGAACGUGCAAGACGUUAAAUCCAAAGCUUGGUAUGUAACAUCAUGACUUAACAAAAGGUUACAAUCUUGAAUAAAAUGAUCAAUUAAACAGGUUCAAUUUCGCUGACAUUUUAUUAUUGUACUGUGAUUUUUACCUCUCUAACACAGAGACUACUUGCAUUAUCAUUGCCAAUAUUUGCUUAUAAUGCAUUUUUUUCCCAUUCAGCAAGAAUAAAUAGCUACUGUAUACUCACUCAAUAUUUCAAGACUCUUGGGUAAAUGUAAAACUCUAUAACUCAUCUGCAUUAUAAAUAAUUGAGUUAAAAGGCCACUCCACUGCUCAAAUAAAAUAUAAAUAAAAAUAACUUUAGUAAAUAUACCUCAAGUGAAAACAUUGGAUGCAUUAAAUUAUGGAGUAAAUCUAAAAAUAGCUUACAAAGGCUGUCCAAUUGCAGAUUUCCUAAUGCAGCUCAAUGAGAAAUAUUUUAAAGGCUGGUGUUCUGAUCUGUUCCCUGCUCUUGAUUUAGGAAGUAACAGGGCCGGGUGUCUGACUGCCAGGGAUUAUAACAAGGUUAAUUUUAGAAAAGUAUAUACCAAAUAUGCACCUUAUAUUUAGGUGAUAUACCCCUACCUAAUAUAUAAAGUGCAAGUGCGUUGCUUAAUUGUGAACAUAGGCACUUACCCUCAAAAUUGUAACUAUUGUAGAUACAUGUAAAUAAAUACAAAAAAUACAUUUUAUGGUGUAGAAUAUUAACUUGCAAUGUUAGAGCCUUUUCAGGGUAUAGGCUCUAAACUCUGUAGCCUCUUGUGCCUUUAAGGUGGCAAACGACAUCCUUUCUUCAAAGGGUAUUCUGUCAGUGGCUUCCAAUACAAUACAUGUGAAUGAGAGAUAAUAGAGAGACAAGGUACAGCUUCCCAAGGGGCUUUCACAAAUAGCAACCCAUUUUCAACACAAUAUAUAAAUAUACAAAAAAUGUGAUACAUCUGUGUCCUUGCAAAAAAACAAAUUAACAACACAUAGAGAUGUACUGUGAAGUAACAAUGUAGGAGAGAUACUGAUUGCACUGACAAGAUGUCAGUGGAAAAGCGCCUUGAAUAUCUCCCCACAGGGAAUUAGGGCUGCAAAACCAUCUGCUUCCCCUUGGCUUCCAGGAACCGAUGAUGUCUCAGAAAAUCAAAUUCAAUGGUCAGGAUCAGAUGGAAAAAAAAAUCAAAUUUUUAUUUCAGCACAAAAUAGCCCAUAAAAGAAUAUAAAUAGUCACAAGUAAAAAGCUGUCCAACGCGUUUCCUCCACACAAAGUGGACUUUCUCCGGGACAAUCAAUACAUUUAAAAGUUCAACACAAAUAAAGGCAUUCUAAUCUUAUCCCUCCAAAGUCUCUUUAAAUAGGGCUAAUCCCCUCCUCCUAGUAAGUGUUUCCGAAGGCGUCGUCCAAUCCUGAAGCUUUCAAUAGGUGCUUUGGCUUUCUGUAGCUCUGUAACUGGAACGGCCAUGUUCGUGUUACAGCCGGCAUCUGUUAGCCAACUGAUUUUCGCACUGGAAAGUUCAAAGGCGCUGUUUGCGUUCCAGCGCCAUGACAGUUGCGUUCCACCAUCUGCUUUCCUUUUGACUCUUUUGGAGCACAUCCUUCUAAAUCUAAGUCCCAAUCUAAACUCAAAAACAUUAACUACUAAUCUAAUAAUUUAUAAGGAGAAAAAUAUAUAGAAUAUAAAAAAUGUAAUGUAAAAAAAUAAAAGAAAAUACAUAUGAAAAAAUAAAAUGAAAAACAUAGAUAAAAAUAAUAUAAACCUAUCGCGUGUGUGUGUGUGUGUGUGUGUGUGUGUGUAUGUAUAUAUAUAUAUAUGUGUUUUUUGUUUUGUGUUUUUUUUUUAAAUUUUUUUAUUAUGUAUUCAAACAUCCUAGAGUCUUCAUUGUACAUCAAUAGAGAUAUCUAGAACCCGGAUAUCCGUUGAACAACAGGAGGGAGUAAAUAUAUUACCUUUUAUUACCAUCAGAAAUAAUAAAAAAAAUUAAUCCGUAAUUUACCAAUUGAAAGAGCCGCUAUUCCAGACGAAACUUGUGAGACAGGAGAACAGUACUUUUAUUUUGCCCAUGAUUUUUUGUAUUUACAUUGUUUUUAAUUAUUUCUGAUGGAUAAAAACGGUAAAAUUUUUACUCCCUUCUGUUGUUCAUCUGACAUCCGGGUUCCAGAUAUUAAACCAUUUAUUCUGGGCUUUUACACGAUCAAUGCUUUUUUGCCUAUUAAAAUCACCUUGGGACCCACUUUGAAUUUUGUGAAUCAUUUUUAACAUUAGAAUCAAAAUAUACUUGGUUGAUUGCAUGGACUUGUGAUAUGUAUCAUGUGUGGUUUGUUUAAUUUAGAAAAUGAUAAGCAACUAAGCGGCAUUCUAAUCUACAUACACAUACAGCACAGUUUGCGAAAAAACAAGCGUCUUACUGACCUCCAUAGCUCACCCAUUUCAUGCUUCUUGAUAAUGUGUUUUUCAACAAGUGGGUUAAUCCUGAAAAUUGUAAACUUUUUUGAACAGGGUCCUUCUAAACCUACAGUGGAACCUCGGAACGUGAACUUAAUCUGUUCCAGAAGGCUGUUUGAGUUCGAGAACUGAAUCAGCAUUUCCCAUAGGAAUUAAUAUAAAUUUGUUUUAAUCCGUUCCAGACCCCCAAAAUUACAUGGAUGGGGAUAGGUAACUGUUCUUCUGGCAUUACAUACAAAAGCAUAUAAAAUGGCUGUAUCCGGUUCAAAAUAUCUAAUGCCCCUUUUUCCUCUGCUUGUAUCCUUAUGUCCAUAGUCCCUCUUCCCUUACUCGUGUCCCUUUGUCCUUUGGUAUCCUUCUCCUCCCAUUUUGCUCUUUCUCCUUGCAUAAUAAUUCUGUCCAUAUCCCUUCACCCUUUACUUGUGUCCCUCUGCCCUCUGGUUUUCCUCUCCCUAUAUUCCCCUCUAUCCCUUUACUUGUAUCCCAUGCUUCCCCACACUUGUGUCCCUCUGUGAAUGCCACGUGAUGUGUUUUGGUACCGAGGAUCGAUCGCGUACUGAGACAUUUUUUUUUUUUUUACGCGAACUUUUAGUUUGACUUCUGAAUUGUUCGAGUACCGAGGUUCCAUUGUCUUUCUGUGACAUUUUGUAAUUGUCUACUUUAUUGUUAAAUUGACCUCUUUAUGAUAUUUUAAAGCCUAAAUUGGCACAAGUUAAGUUAAUAAUAAUAAUAAUAACCAAGCACUUUCAGCCAGGUUGAAAGUACUUUAUAAUGAUACAUGCCAAAUUGUCAAGGUUACCAAGGAUGGGAUUGUGCCCAUAUACUCUUUGCAUCAUAAACACUACACUGAAAUGUGAUGGUCAUGGUGCUUAGCGUGCUCUUUUAAAAUAUGCAUGUGUAUAAGAUUGUGUAGUAAAUGAGCGAUAUAUAAGUUUACUUCAUGGUGAAAUACCACAUAUUUUUCUCAGGUCUGCUAAAUGUUGCAAUGGAGCCUUUCUUCAAAGGAGAAGUGUUUGACACAUAUCUGGUCCCAGUCAGCAUCAGUUAUGAGAGGAUACUGGAAGAGUCACUCUAUGCAUAUGAACUCCUUGGUGUACCCAAACCCAAAGAAUCAACAUCAGUAAGGCAUGCUUCAGAAAUCACAUAUAUUUCUUGUCUAAAAGCAGAGGUGUGUCAUCAUUUAUUUUUAUUUUUUUUUGCUUUGCAGGGCUUGAUAAAAGCCAGAAAACUACUUAACGACAACUUUGGAAGCAUUCACGUUUACUUUGGACAGCCUAUGUCACUGCGCUCAUUGACGUCAGGAAGAAUAAAUCGUUCACAAUAUAAUCUAAUUCCCAGGUAUAUUGUUGUGCAAUGGAAGUUUGCACUGUUUGUGCAAAUGUGUGUGUAUGUACAUAAAAUAAAUGUGUAAAAAUAUACACAUACAUUACUGUGACUUGUGUAUUAUAGAAAAAGUAUGCUAUUGAAUGGCUCUGGACACUGCGUAAUUAUUAUAGUCAAUGUAAUGCUAUUGGUUGUGUUACUGAUUUUUAAGGCAUCCCACUAGUUAUUAUUUUUUUUUUUAUUUACAAAUCUUGCCAGGCAGCUCAUGUAAAAUUAUUUAAACCUUUGAACAGAAGGAAUAAUAAAGUAUGUGUGUGCUUGUAUGGCAUUUCUGUGUAGAUGCAAAUACAAAAAAAAAAAUACAAAGUCCUGGACUCAAACUCUCACUACUGUUGGGCGGCAGCAACGACCAUAGUACACAUCAGCCCCAAUACAUACAAUAAAAACCAAAGGGAAAAAAGUUACCUGCACUCUCUCCCAAAUCCCUGUGUAUAUUUAAACAAAUGGAGGUUAUUUAGUUACUCCAAUGGGCAUUGGAGGGAAUGCCCUUCUGCCAUGUCAAGGCAAACCCCAUCAGCUGGGUCCUACACUGACCUUUCACCUUGCUUCCUUGAGCUUCUGGCAAAGAUAUCUCUAAUGAGACAGAGAGGGGUAUUUUUUUUUUUUACAUCCACCCCUACAUAAUUAUUAAAAGUCUUGUUUUGUGUGAACAAAUGUCAUGGGAGCCCAAGGCUCAUUGAGGCACUUAGGGAAUGAAGACUAGCCCGUCUGGUCCGAUUACAAAGAAGAGCUACUGUAGCUCAAACUUCUAAAAUACUUAAUGCUUGUUCUGAUCGAAAGGUGUCUGAACAAACCGUGCAACGCACUUUAUGGUGUAUGGGGCUGCAUAUCUGCCGACAGGUCAGAGUGCCCAAUGAAGACCCUUAUCCACCUCUAUCCACCCUCAGGCUCCCCCUUCCGCCGGGCUCUGGGGAGAGGAAGGGGUUAAAAUCUUACCUUUCUCCAGCGCCGGGCGUGGAGCUUUCCUCCUCCUCUCCUCCUUCCUAGCGACGUCAUCGGCUGAAUCCGCAUGCGCGGCAGGAGCCGCGCGCGCAUUCAGUCAGUUCAUAGAAAAGCAUUUAAAAUGCUUUCCUAUGGACGCUGGCGUCUUCUCACUGUGAUUUUCACAGUGAGAAGCAAGCAAGCGCCCCUAGCGGCUGUCAAUGAGAACAGCCACUAGAGGCUGGAUUAACUCUCAGUGUAAACAUAGCAGUUUCUCUAAAACUGCUAUGUUUAUAAAAAAAAGAAAAGAAAAGGGGUUAACCCUAGCUGUACCAAGCUGAAGUGGUCUGGGUGCCUAUAGUGGUCCUUUAAGGUGUUUCCUUGGCCUCCAAAUUUCCCAGAUCUUAAUCCGAUUGAGCAACCUCGCAACUUGCAGCGCACACACAGUAUUACAGGCUACUUAAAAUCACCUAUCUCAGCAAACAAAUAUGGGGAAUCAGUUCUAGCAUAUUGCCAUAUUAUGUUAAGCCCACCACUGUGCCACAGUGCCUCAAUAUUAACAACUUAAUUAAAUGCACUUCAUUUAGCGCUAGCAAUAUUUAAUUUGUCUCCUAAAUUUAAAUUAGUGUAUGAACCACCGAUAUCAGGGUACUGUGGCGUAGUCGUUGGCUUAACACGGUAUAGCCAAAUAUUUUUGUGCAGUGGCUGAUUAUGCAACUGUGUCAUCCAAAAAACGAAUCCUUCAUUGUUAACUAUUCUAGUAACCUAUUAACUCCCUCUCUCCCCCUCCCAUCCAUACAUUAUUUACAUCCUACCUUUACAUACUGUGCCACUUUACUUUCUAGAGGGAGUGGGGUAAACUUGUUUGAGCGGGGCCCAACACCUUCUGUUCCUGUGCGUCCAGCAUAACUUGUUUCAAAUACAUGUUUUAAUCCAACUAUUCUACAGCUCUUUGGAAUGCUUUAUAUAUAAUAAUAAUGAUAAUUAUGUGGUAAUGAAUCAAACUCAAUAAAGCAGGAUGCCAGAUACUACUUUUCAAUGACAAUCUCCAGUAUAACUCUCAAUUAUUAACACAAACCUUCCUAUAUAGUUACAGGAGGGUUUGAUCCCUUGCUGAUUUUGAAUGUUUGUCCACUGACAAAGAACUGAUCAGUCUAUAUUUUUAAUGGCAGGUGUAUUUUAACAGUGAGAGACAGAAUAAUAAAAAAAAAAAAUCCAUAAAACCACAUGUCAAAAAAGUUAUACACCUUGUUCCAAAUUAUUAUGCAAAUGAUAUUUUUCUCAUUUACCUAAAUAAUUGAUGUAAAUAAGGGCAUAAUUCUUAUGUUAUCAACUAUUAAGAGUACAAUUCAAAUUUUAUUGAACAAACCUGCUAAUGAUAGUAUUUUUUUUUUAAACAUAAACUUACAAUGCACUGUUCCAAAUUAUUAUGCACAGUAAGUUUCAAAACACUUUAUAGGUUGUAAAGAACUGAAAAUUAGCAUUUGUUGUGUUUGCAGCAUAUUUACUGAAAUCAAAAGCUAUUUCAUUCAAACUUAUAACAACAUUUUAACUUUUUAAACAUUUUAACAGGUCACAUGACAUUUUAACAUAGGACUCCUUAUUUGAUAGCAGCUUCACAAGUCUUGCAUCCAUUGAACUUGUGAGUUUUUGGACAGUUUCUGCUUUAAUUUGUUUGCAAGAUGUCAGAAUAGCCUCCCAGAGCUGCUGUUUGGAUGUAAACUGCCUCCCACCCUCAUAGAUCUUUUGCUUGAGGAUGCUCCAAAGGUUCUCAAUAGGAUUGAGGUCAGGGGAGGAUGGAGGCCACACCAUGACUUUCUCUCCUUUUAUCCCCAUAGCAGCCAUUGAUGCAGAGGUGUUCUUUGCAGCAUGAGAUGGUGCAUUGUCAUGCAUGAAAAUGAUUUAUAACGGAAAGCAUAGUUCUUCCUUCUGCACCAGGGAAGAAAGUGGUCAGUCAGAAACUCCACAUACUUUGCAGAGGUCAUGUUUACACAUUCGGGGACCCUAAAGGGGCCGACCAGCUCUCUUCCCAUGAUUCUGGCCCAAAACAUGACUCCACCACCGCCUUGCUGACAUCGCAGCCUUGUUGGAACAGGGUGGCUGUCCACCAACCAUCCACUACUCUAUCCAUCUGGACCAUCCAGGGUUGCAAGGCACUCAUCAGUGAACAGGACAGUUUGAAAAUUAGUCUUCAUGUAUAUUUCUGCCCAAUGCAGCCAUCUCUGCUUGUGAGUAUUGGUUAGUGUUGGCCGACUAGAAGGUUUAUGCACAGUUCAAGACUCUGGAGGACUCUACACCUUGAUGUCCGUGGGACUCCAGAGGCACCAGCCGCUUCAAAUAUCUGUUUGCUGCUAUGUAAUGGUAUUUUAGCAGCUGCUCUCUUGAUCCAAUGCAUAGAUCUGGCAGAAAUCUUCCGCAAUGUGCCUUUAUCUGCACGAACCCGUCUGUGCUCUGAAUCAGCCACAAAUCUCUUAAUAGUGCGAUGCUCACGCUUACGUUUUUGUGAAAUAUCUAAUGUUUUCAUACCUCGUCCAAGACAUUGAACUAUUUCACUCUUUUUGGCAGCAGAGAGAUGCUUUUUUCUUCCCCAUAUUUCAUGAAAAUGGUGCUCUGCUUAAUAAUGUGGAACACCCUCCUUUAGUAGUUUUUCCUUAAAAUGGGCUCACCUGGCGAUCUAAUUAUCACAGGUGUCCGAGAUUGUUUUCAGUGAUCAAAAGAGCCCUGAGACACAAUGCCAUCCGUGAGUUAAACUGAAAAACAAAAUAUUUAAUCUUUGUGACACUUAAAUAGAAUUUGCAUAAUAAUUUGGAACAGGGUGUAAAUUGAUUUGCAUGUCAAUGAGUGAAAUAAGUAUUUGAUCCCCUAUCAAUCAACAAGAUUUCUGGCUCCCAGGUGUCUUUUAUUCAGGCAACAAGCUGAGAUUAGGAGCACUCCCUUUAAAAGAGUGCUCCUAAUCUAAGAUCUUUACCUGUAUAAAAUACACCUGUCUACAGAAGCAAUCAAUCAAGCAAUCCCAUUCCAAACUCUCCAUCAUGGCCAAGACCAAAGAGCUGUCCAAGGAUGUCCGGGACAAGAUUGUAGACCACAAGGCUGCAAUGGGCUACAAGACCAUUGCCAAGCAGCUUGGUGAGAAGGUGACAACAGUUGGUGCGAUUAUUCGCAAAUGGAAGAAACACAAAAUACCUGUCAGUCUACCUCGGUCUGGUGCUCCAUGCAAGAUCUCCCCUUGCGGAGUUUCAAUGAUUAUGAAAACGGUGAGGAAUCAGUGCAGAGCUACACGGGAGGAUCUUGUUAAUGAUCUCAAGGCAGCUGGGACCAUAGACAACAAGAAAACAAUUGGUAACACAUUACAUAUGAAGGACUGAAAUCCUUCGGCGCCCGCAAGGUCCCCCUGCUCAAGAAAGCACAUGUACAGGCCCGUCUGAAGUUUGCCAAUGAACAUCUGAAUAAUUCAGAUUAGAACUGGGUGAAAGUGUUGUGGUCAGAUGAGACCAAAAUCGAGCUCUUUGGCAUCAACUCAACUCGCUGUGUUUGGAGAAGGAGGAAUGCUGCCUUUGACCCCAAGAACACCAUCCCCACCGUCAAACAUGAAGGUUACAUUAUGCUUUGGGGGUGCUUUUCUGCUAAGGGGACAGGACAACUGCACUGCAUCAAAGAUACAAUGGACGGAGCCAUGUACCGUCAAAUCUUGGGUGAGAACCUCCUUUACUCAACCAGGGAAUUAAAAAGGGGUCAUGGAUGGGUAUUCCAGCAUGAAAAUGACCCUAAACACAGCCAAGGCAACAGAGGAGUGGCUCAAGAAGAAGCACAUCAAGGUCCUGGAGAGGCCUAGCCAGUCUCCAGACCUUAAUCCCAUAGAAAAUCUGUGGAGGGAGCUGAAGGUUCGAGUUGCCAAACGUCAGCCUUGAAACCUUAAUAACUUGGAGAGGAUCUGCAAAGAGGAGUGGGACAAAAUCCCUCCUGAGAUUUGUGCAAACCUGGUGGCCAACUACAAGAAACAUCUGACCUCUGCGAUUGCCAACAUGGGUUUUGCCACCAAGUACUAAAUCGAAGGGGUCAAAUACUUAUUUCACUUAUUGACAUGCAAAUCUAUUUAUAACUUUUUUGACAUAGGUUUUUCUGGAAUAUUUUGUUAUUCUGUCUCUCUCUGUUAAACCUACCAUUAAAAUUAUAGAUGGAUAAUUUCUUUGUCAGUGGGGAAACGUUCAAAAUCAGCAGAAGAUCAAAUACUUUUUUCCUUCACUGUAUGUUAACUUGCAGGUGAGAAAACCUGUAUGUAUGUAUGUAUGUAUGUAUGUAUUCUGUUUGAAACAUUUGCUCGUCUGCAGUAAUUUCAUAUUGGUAGACAUACUUAGGCUUUCUUUGUAAAUAUCACAGUAUAAUCUACCCAUCUUAUGCAAACUUUUCAUUUUCAUUUUAUAUGAUGUAAACCUUUUUUUUUUUUUUUUGACAAAUACACAAAACAUCUACAAACUGUGCCAAGAAAACCUAAUUGACAUUUGCCUAUAUUUAACAAUAUUACUCUCAUUUGAUCACUGUUUAAUUGCAGACAUCUUUCCCAGCGUCCAUCUGAGGCUAUGCUUACAUUCGUCAGGGACAUUGCCCAUCACAUAGAACUGCACCAAAUAGCCAACAUGGUUCUGAGCCCUGGGGUUUUAAUAGCAACUAUUUUGCUACAAAAUCUGCCAGUCGUUAAUUAUAAUGUUUUAGUUGAAAAGACCCUUUGGCUUAAAGAUUUAACAGAGUCCUUUGGAGGAUGUCUCGAUUGGCCUGGUAAGUAAAUUAUAUUUUAUAUAAUUAUUUUAUAGUAUUUAAAUCCCACAUGUGGAAAUUAGUAUUAUUGGUACUAGGGGUGCACCGAAAUGAAAAUUCUGGAUGCCCUUGGCCGAAAACCGAAAAUGACUUUUUUCCAGAAGUGAUUUAAAAAAAGUUUUUUAAUAUUAGACUUUUUAAUGAAUUGAAUUAAUCUAAUAUGAAAAACUUCACUUCUCUUUUAGUGGUACCCCCCUGCUUAAUGUUCCUCUCUCCCCUCCUUAUUUUUUAGUGUUCUUUCCCCCCUCCUCUCCAGUUCCAUAGUGUUCUUUUCUCCCCUCCCCUAUCCCAGUGUUUUUUUCCCCAUCCCAUAGUGUUCUCCCCCCCUCUCCUGUCCCAUAGUGUUGUCCCCCCUUGCCUGUCCCAUAGUAUUCUCCCUCCCUCCCCUGUCCUAUAGUGUUCUUCCCCCCCUCCCCUGUCCCAUAGUGUUUCUUCCCCCCCCCUCCCCUGCCCCAUAUUGUUCUCCCCCUCCUCCCCUGCCCCAUAUUGUUCUUUCCUCCAUUCCCCUGUCCCAUAUUGUUCUCCCCUCCCCUGUCCCAUAUUGUUCUCCCCUCCCAUGUCCCAUAUUGUUCUCCCCUCCCCUGUCCCAUAUUGUUCUCCCCUCCCAUGUCCCAUAUUGUUCUCCCCUCCCCUGUCCCAUAUUGUUCUUCCCCCACCUCCCCUGUCCCAGAGUGUUCUUUCUCCCCCUGUCCCCAAAAAAAUUUAAAAAAUUAUAUAUAUAAUAUAUUUUUAAAAUUCGGCAAAUUUGACCCAUUUUAGGCCGAAACGGGAUAGGCCCAAUUUCGGCAGCCGAAAUUUCGAUGCACCCCUAAUUGGUACAUCAGAUUAAUUGUCACAUUACUACUUUAUAAUUGUUUCAGAUAUUUGCCUUAUCAGUUCUCAGUGAUUUUAGUGAGUACUUGUGGCGAAACCGGCCUCGCCACGUGUCCUUGGAGGGGGCUGCUUGCCCGCCUCUUGCCUUUGGACUAUGGACCAGACUUUAUGUGAAUGUAUUAACCCAGAUAGCUAUGCCAUGGAGCCCAUUCGUGUAGUUAAAGACUUUGGCUCCAUGGCAAUUGAACUGUGUGAAUAGGAUCUGAGCGCUAUUCGGUAGUUUUGUGCGCUCAGAUCCCAGCUAUCUGGGGAUAUGUGACAUGUCUGUGUUUUAUGUAUAAAAUGUGACUUUGUGUAUUUUAUAAUAUUUUAAUGCUUUGUGCUCACCAUGUGCAUAAUGGAGUCUUGUGUCUGUCCUGGGAGAUAAUUGAAUUACUUCUCAAUUCAAUCUCCAGGAUAGAAGACUCUGAAACUGGUUUGGGCCGGAAAGCCAUGCUUCAUUUAGUCACAAAGGACUUUCCCUUAACUUUUGAACCCCUGAUCUGAUUCGUGCCAUUUUUUAAGAUGUUGUUCCCCUGAAUGGAUUGAUUAUGAAAAUGUAUGUUUUAUGUUUGUGACAUGUAUAUUUUAGAAGUUAUAAAUAUUGUGUAAAAACUGUAUUCCUCUGCUGGUGAUAAUGAGAUUACCCAUUGUGUUCAGUAAUCAUAUCACAGGCAGAUGGGAGGAUUUUGUGUGGGAGUGUCUGGGUGUAUUGUACGGAUUGAUUGGUUGUUUUGUAACGCCCUGUGGGCUGUACUAUGUUUGUGGAUUGGGAAUAAAAGAGACUGUAUGUGACAGUACAGGGAGUUCCUGCUUAACCCUCAAAGUGAAGUGUCAUCUCAUUAUUGGGGGAGGAUUUAUGGUAUGCUGUUCCAGUUUGACUGCUAGGAGUGUAAACCUAUUCGCAUGGUUGCUGUAUACAACAUUCAGAUGCUUGAGAGCAUUCAAAUGCUCCUACGGUUCGGUGGUUUUGGUGUCGGCUGCAGUGCUUGGAGUCCUCAGGAAGCGCUAGGAGCAUCCUUCAACGGAGGUACCCAGUCGGGGUGCCAGGUGAUCCGUUACAGUACUCAAUUUUUUAUUUUUUUUUGCCAGCUCCUAAUUCCAUAUGUAAGUUUAGGAUCAGUCGGCUAAGCCAGUUACUUGCAUGCACAGAGCUUGCUGGAAACACCGCAAUGGCACAAUGUUAGUAUGUAUGUAUUUAUUUAUUUUUAAGGGUCACUUUCUAUCUGUAGUCUCCCUUAAACGGGUUUCUGGAAACCACAACAAUUACAUUCUCUAAAUUAUAUAGGUUAUAAGAAUUUUUUUCAGUGAGCAUGCGUUUUCUCAUUAUGAGGAAAUCCAGCCUUCAGUAGUUUACUACAAUUGAGCAACUUUUGUGCUAAGUACCAAGUUUGGUUCUGUUGCUUGAUCUAACAUCUUGCUUAUACUGUCCAGAUUUGUCAGGGCAGCAUGUUUAUUUACCUGCACACAAUUUAAAAUUUCCAGCAUUAUCUUGGAAUGCAUCAACCAAAUAGAUUUAUUUUAUGUUUAUAGGAACAAAGGGGUUUAUGGCAUAUGCUGUUUAGCUGUCGCAGGUAUUAACAUUAAUCAGAACUUACAGGGACACCAUAGGCACACAGACCCCUUCAACUCAUUGAAAUGGUCUGGGUGCAGUGUCCCUAUUGCAUUUAGUGCUGCAAUUUAAAACAAUGCAGUUCCAGAAAAACUGUAAUGUUUACAUUGCAGCUCUAAGUCUGCCUCCAGUGACUGUCUACCAGACAGUCAAUAAAGGCGCUUCCUGGAUGUUAAUGGACUUUUGGUCUGCUAACUGGCACUGGACGUUAUCACGCUCUGCAUGAGGACAUCCAACGUCCGCUAGUUCCCCAUUAGAAAGCAUUGAUUUAAUGCUUACCUGUGUGGAGGCCUAAUGUGUGCGUGGCACUCGCUGAGGGAAGUCGGGGAGAAGUUUGGUCCAGGGUGAGAAGGGACGGCGAGACCCCAGCCAAGCUGUGGCGGCUAAGGGGACGGUGUUCGGGAGUUUCAGUGUCUGAAACCGUUCCAUGAACUUGACGACCAAACACCACUGCCUGUGCGGGAACGAGAUGGCCGCCACCUUGUGGUAGUUCAUGCGAACAGCGUCCACCAAGAUGAACACUUUGGUGGAAAGUGUUAGAAACUCUCAAUUCAGCUUAACAAGCUCCCCAGUGGUCUCUGGUUCGUGCGGUUGUUCGGGAACCGAACCACAUAAGCUCAAUUGCACGAACAGAGCCUUUUUAAAGUAUUUUAGCCAUGUAUAUGGCAGGGGGCCAUAGGCAGGAGGCUGGCAUGCAGGCCCUUCCAAGAACAUGUGGCAGAGGCAUUUCUGCCACAGAAUGCUCCCCAUGGUUGACAUUCGUCUAUACGAAAUUGCGGCCACCCAGGGUAGCAUGCAUGAAUUACUUCCCCAAGAAUUAGGAAGAACUAAAAAAAAAAAAAAGUGAGAAAUUAAGAAAUGUGUUUUUUUUUUUUGUUCUUCCUGGUAUUGUUUUUUAAAAAAAUCUUUAUUUUAAGUGUGCAUAGAGAGGACACACAUGUUUGCACUGCCACAAUAGCUAGUGCAUGCAAAUAUAUAGACAUAGCUUAACAUUGGUAUGGCAGUUUGAAACUUUGCACAUUUUUUGUUUUGAGAGUCAGAAUAUGGAACGAGUUGAGUUUUAAACAGUAAAAGUUACCAGGCUGAUCAAUGUUCCGUUAGUAAAAGGUAUAUCAAGGGAGGUAAGCCACGCUUGUAUGCUAGAGCGACCUACUUAACGUGCAGUAUAAUUUUCCACAGGCUCGGUCUACACUCUUGGCAAUUCUUGGCAAGAAUAAUUACAGAUUGGUAUGGUUACAGGCUUAAACAUACAGCUAUUGUUAAACAGAUUAACACAGGUUAGGUUCCACUCUUACAUGAGAACAAUUACUGAUCGCACUGACUGUUUAAAGAGCAAGCUUAGUAAAGUAAACAGUCUAGGUACUAUAUGUUGCAGGUGUCACGUAUUGCUAUGGCAUCAGGUACUAGCUAGUAUGCUAAACAUGGCAAAUAAUAUCAUAGCAAAAAAAUAAAAAUAACGAUAAUGCCAUGAGUGGCAUGAGUAGGUGUCUUAUUGUAGGUCAGCCUGUCCUUUGUGAGGUGAGGUGGCUGGGGCACUGGGACAGGCUAAUAGGCUGACAGACUAACUGCUUGUGUGUUGCCUGUGUCUCUUGCUUAAGUUACUGAGAGAGUGACAGUGGUGGUGGUUAGCGACUAGAGGGUAAAUGGGGAGGAAAUCUCUAGGCACAUCUUAUUGGGACAUACAUGACCGGUUUUUGAGUUAGGACAGCGACAAAUUCAUUAUACCCUCGAUGCACCCAGGCUUGUUCGUAGGUGUUACCCUACCCCCACGCUUGCUGUCAGGAUCUCAAACGGAGGCUGUGUCCCAGUUUUCCAUUCCUCGUCAUAUUGCCGCCUUCAAGGCCCUGUUAUGGUUCCUGUUGUGCAAGAUCCGCCUGUGAAUUUGCUGACGGGCGCGGGUUGAUCCUGAGGUCUGGUGUAUGCCCUGCAGGUUCACCUUGUCUUGUCUUGCCGGAAAGUUGGCUGGUUCUGGAUGAUUGUUGCGGCGGAGCCCCACCAUUGGCGUUGUCAUGCACGUGAAUUUGCCAGCCUUUCGCCUAGUUGUUUUUCGGCGCCGUGUGCGGACUCUGUAUGCCCGGGAAGGUGCACCCCCAUGUUGAUGAGUCGUCAGCAUUGCUAUGGGUAAGUGUAUGCCUGGUUUGCUUGUUUUAGCCAUUUGUACCCUGGAUUCUUGUGUUCGCCAGAACUUGUCGAGUAGGUCGUCGACUUUAGCCAAGAGGUCGGUCCCCUCCAUGGUUUGGGCGCACGAGGUGUCAGCCAUUUUGCCUGGCUCUGCUUCUGCCGCUGGGUUCCACUUUCGGGGCUUGUGCAGGAGGGUUGCCUCUCGGGACUUGACCGGAAUAACCACCGCCGGUCUUGGGGGGUGGGGAGCAGGGCUUCUGUGGGUCUGUGCCCUCAGCAUGUGGGCGAGGAGAGCGGCCGCCUCUCCCCGGUUCCAUCUUCUGUAGGCCGCGUCAGACCACCGUAGGUUUCCGAUCUCCAAUACGCUCGUGGGGUAUAUCAAGCUUGUCACCGGGUCACCCCUAAUGUAGGUAGUGCUCUCCGAUUUAUUUUAUGUCUCGGAUUCCGCGGGUAUUUAUGAAUAAUCGGCAAUUUGAGCGGGAGCCCAGCUUCCAUGCGACUGCGUAGCUUGCUGGCUUGGCCCCGCCCCCCGUCUUCCUGAUAUUUUAACUGUGAAUGUCAUAAUGUUGUUUGCUUUUACUGCAAUAAAAUACACAUAUUUGUAUUCAGCGAUGUCUCACGUGUAAAACAGUACCCCCUAUGUACAGGUUUUAUGGUGUUUUGGGAAGUUACAGGGUUAAAUGCAUGUUACAUUUUUCAGUUUUUUCACAUUGAAAUUCGCCAGAUUGGUUACGUUGCCUUUGAGACCAUAUGGUAGCCCAGGAAUGAGAAUUACCCCCAUGAUGGCUUACCAUUUGCAAAUGGUGUAUAGUUAGUCUUUUUUAGUAGUCACUUAGUCACAGUUCUGCAUGACAUUUUAACUUUGAAUAGCAUAAUUUAAAUUUUUAUAGCAACAAAAUACACAUAUUUGUGUUCAGCAAUGUCUCACGAGUACAACAGUACCUCACAUGUACAGGUUUAUGGGGUGUUGGAAAGUUGCAUGGUAAAAUAUAGGGCUUUCCCCAUUUACAGCUUUUACACAUUAAAAUUUGACAGAUUGAAUUGCUGGGCCUAUGUUGCCUUUGAGACCGCAUGGUAGCUCAUGAAUGGAUUUUUUUUACUCCAUCAUGACAUAGCACUUGAAAAAGUUGACAACCCAGGGUAUACAAAAUGUGCUAUGUCCAGUCUUUUUUUAGUAGCCACUUAGACACAAAUACUGGCCAAAAUCUUGUUCAGUUUUGUAUUUUUGCAAUUUUCACAAAUAAACAGCUUUUCAACUGAGAUCAGCAUUCUGAGACAUGAAUGAGAAUUACCCCCAUCAUGGCAUACCAUUUAAAAAGUAAACAACCCAGGGUAUUUAAAAUGGGGUAUGUCCAGUUUUUUUCAGUAGCAACUUAGUCACAAAUGCCGGCCAAAGUUAGCAUUCUCAUUUGAUUUUAGCAUUUUUCAAUCAAAAACUGCGCUUUUGGAUUAUAUCAUUGUUUUGAUACAUUUUACGGUUUUGACGCACUAAUAUCUGGGUUCAAUGAACUCUCCUGAGUACUACAGUUCCCCCCAUGUACAGGUUUUAUGGUGUAUUGGAAAGUUACAGGGUUAAAUAUUAAUAGGACUUGCAAAUUAAAUUAUUUGGAAUUUAGGCAGGUCCCUCAAAUUGUAAUUAAUAAAAUCACAUAAUUGUGUAAAAAGAUUACAUACAUCUAUGCAUAGAAUUUAAAUACCGUGGCACAAUAAAUUAACACUCUACCUGUAGAGAUGCUUCGUUCUGCUGAAUGCUGCUGGAGGAAGUCACGCACCCAGUCAGACUUCCUUCGCUACAAAUUCAUUUUGCGUUCAUACAGCACAGCCCUUGCCAAACAGUUAUACUUUUCCUCCCUCAUUAGCUCAUGCUUCCACAAUCCCAGGCGUCUUAUUAAUACCUUUAACUCCCUUCUUUGCCCUGCUGUGGCCACUCCCCCAAACUAACCUUACAGCCGAUAUCUGUGCAUGCUACUUUACCAACAAGAUUGAACAACUUAGGAAAGAAUUCUCCCCACCGUGCCUCUCUCUUUCUUAUGCCUUUCCUACCCUUCACACUUUCUCCCCGGUUACUGGACAAGAGGUGGCUGUGCUUCUCCUUUCCUCUCGCCGCACCAGUUGCCUGCUUGAUCCUGUCCCGUCUCACCUCAUCAGAUCUCUCUCUUCUUGUCUUGUGCCUUCCUUAACCCACAUCUUCAACUGCUUUCUCUCUUCUGGUGUUGUCCCUGCUGCCCUGAAACAUGCUACUGUAGUACCUAUCUUAAUAAAUACAUCUCUUGACCCGUCCUCCCCUUCUAGAUAUCGUCCCAAUUCCCUGCUCCCUUUUUCCUCAAAGCUUCUGGAAAGACUUGUCUUUACCUCGCGUGGAUUAUUGUAACUCUCCUAAUAGGUCUUCCACGAAGUUGUAUUGUCCUGCUACAGUCUGUAAUGAAUGCUCCAGCUAGACUGAUUUUCCUUUUCUGUCGCUCCUUUCACACCUCUCCCCUCUGUCAGUCCUUACAUUGGCUUCCUGUAUCCUAUAGGAGUCAAUUCAAGGUACUAAUCCACACCUAUAAAGCACUGACCAAUUCUAGCCCCUCCUAUAUCUCUUCACUGAUCCACAGGUAUGCCCCUUCUUGGUCUCUUCGCUCUGCCCAUGACCUUCUCCUGUCUGCUACCCUCACCCGUACGGCCAACUCACGCUUGCAGAACUUCUCACGGGUGUCUCCUUUCCUUUGGAAUAGCCUGCCUACGACCAUCAAGCUCUCCCCUAGUCUUCAAUCUUUUAAAAAGUUCCUCAAAACCCAUCUCUUUAGGAAAGCGUAUGGCCUCACAGAGUAACCUCUACCUCACAUACCUGUCCCUUGCUCUCUCCUAAAGGGCAGCACUCUACUCUCUCUUCCAGCUCUGCUUCACUCCAUCUUGUUUGAUUGCUACUUCUUGUCCUGUUGUGUUUUACGCCCCCACCUCCUACAGACUGUAAGCUCGUUUGAGCAGGGCCCUCUUCAACCUAUUGUUCCUGUAAGUUUUUGUAAUUGUCUCAUUUAUUGUUAAAUCUCCCCCUUUGAUAAUAUUGUAAAGCGCUACGGACUAUGCUGGUACUAUAUAAAUACCUGUAGUAGUAGUAGUAAUAAUAAUAAUAAUAAUAAUUAUUGUGUGUAUGUGUAUAUAUACGAGAUGUUGAAAAGAGCACUUCAGAGGCUUUGUUUAACGAGAUUUAUAUGUGAUUCAAAAUGAUCGUUUCGACCCAACAGGUCUUUGUCAAGGUGUGUGUGUAUAUAUAAUCUCAAAAUACAGUUGGGAUGGAAUUACAGCCCGGGCAGUUCCUCUGCAGGCAUCUCCACAGACUCCUAUUUGUGAGAGCAAUCACAUGGCCUGGGAGUGGGCUAAUCCAACAGAGGGGGACUGCCUGGGCACGCGAAGCGGAGCACGGCCAAGGUAAGUUUGCAGGAGCUCCUGGGCAUGACAGCCGUUACAGAGCAACGGCUUUAUAGCCCAUUAUAAUACAGAUGGCAUGGAAUGGCGUUAAGUGGUUAAAUGGAUGAUUAUUGGCACUUGUUCGUUAUAAUUGUUUAAUUAUGCCCUUGACUUUGUGCAAGUGUACUUAGAAGAAUUGAUGCUGUUUUGAAGGCAAAUCAGUGUCACGCCAAAUGUUGAUUUGAAUUAGAUUUUCCUUGUGUUCAGUCAUGUUGCAUUUUGUUAAUUGAUGAAAAAUAAACUAUUAACAUUUCUACUUUUAAAAGCAUCCUUACUUUAUAGAUUUUUUUCAUUUUUUUUUUUUAUAUAUAUAUCUGACUUGUCACUGUAACCUAAUUGCUCUUAUGAUCUAAAUAGUUUAAUAGGUCCUGUCUCUAUUCAUGUGCAAACCACUUAAAUUAUUCACUUGUUUUUCAGAUAACCUACCUUCCAACAGAGUAGUUCGGUCUAGCCUUGAAGUCCAUUCAAACAUUAUGGACAUUGUUGAUGGGCAGGUGAUUUUGGUUGAUUAUGAAAAACCUGGUAAUCUAGACAAGGAGCCUGUAUUCAAAAGUGCAGCCUCUGUUCUCAUGUGUGCGUCUUACAGGAAUCAAAUGGUUAAUGUCUGCAUACGUCCUGCUUUGGUGGUUUUGGCUUGUAAGCUCUCAAAUAGUUCAUUGAAAGGUACUAUGCACAAUAUUUAUCUUUUCCUUUCUCAAGAAAGUAGUAUUUAGAAGAUCCAUAUUUUUUUGGGCCUUUGUAUUAUUGAUGUCUUGUAAUUAUUGCUUGUAACUACAACAGCAAUUAUUUUAUUGGUAUUUUGAUAUUUAACUCGUCUGCACAGGGCCACUGGAAAAUGGUAACAUAUGAAACAAAAUUAUGAUUUUAUUUAGAAAUGAGUUGCUUACUCUUUUGGCAAAAUUGAUCACAGGAACCACACUCUCUCCCAGCGGCCACAGGUGCUCUGGAACAGGACUAGCAAUCCCAACACGUUAAGGCAGCAAGAAAGAUUCCCAGGCACUCAAAGUGUGAAAGUCGCAGGCAGAUUUAUUGAAACAAAACAGACAGCAACGUUUCAACCCACCAAGACCUUGAAAAAGACCUCUUGGUGGGUCAAAACGUUGCUCGCUGAUUUGUUUCAAUAAAUCUGCCUGUGGCUUUCACACUUUGAGUGCUUGUGAAUCUUUCUUGCUGUCUUAACGUGUUGGGAUUGCUGGUCCUGUGGCUGCUGGGAGUGAGUGUGGUUCCUGUGAUCAAUUUUGCCAAAAGAGUAAGCAGCUUAUAUCUAAAUAGAAUCAUAAUUUUGUUUCAUAUGUUACCAUUUUCCACUUUGAGUGCCUGGGAAUCUCUCUUGCUUACUCUUUUGGGACCACAUCAGUCUGUUAGGUUAUGGUUUGUAACCUGUCCACAUCAUUUGUUUGCAAAAUAAUCAAUCAUUCAGCAAUACAGCUCUUAAAGAGAUGAGUUUACUAAUCAGAAUAAAGCAUUUCUGUACUUGGAAAAAGGGUAAUCUAGAAGCCAACUAUCACACCUAUGAUGGUGCAAGAAUUAUCACACCAGUGGCUGUGAUACUGGAUUCUCUGUAUUGAUUUGAAUGUUGAAAGCUAUGGGGUUCUAGCCUGUCUUAGCAAUUCUAUUCUUGUUGUUUACCAUCAAUGUCUAUUAUAGGAGUUAUGUGCUAAUGAGCUCUCACUUGUUUUUCAGAGGAAGUCUACAAAUCAUUCAAGUUCUUGAGAAGUGUUUUUACCAAAGAGUUCAUUUUCUUUCCUGAUUUUGAAGAGAAGGUAAUAGGUCACAAUGAAGUAAAAAAUACAGCAGUAUCAUCUUGUUGUUCAUGUUUAGGGUCAGUUUCCAUUCCAUUUACAAUUCAGGAACACUAACAGCUAAAAAGGUGUUUAACUAUUGGAAAAUAGGGAAAUUGUGUGAUCAUAGUAGUGUAUUAUUUCAAUAAUUUGCCCUAUGGAUACUUGGGCUUUCAGUGGGCCAAUAAAACUUGUCUUUGUAGGUUUGCCAGCAAAAGCCGUUGACUUUAUUUUGGAAAUGUUGCCUUCUUCAGGGUUUGCUCAGGCUGUACCUGGCUGAAAUUUGAUGUUUGAUAAAAAUACAAAUCUUCUAUUCUGUAUUGGAGACACGUGAGAUUUUUUUAAGCAGACACUAGAUAUUACUGAAUGAGUUGGUCUCCUCUGUUUGAAGUAACCAACUUUGCAGUUAAUAAAAAUGAAAAUUGCAAUUUCAGCUGAAAUUUUUCUGAUCUGGACAGCAUUCCAACUUUAGCCAAUUACCAAGCCAGUCCACAAAUAAAAUACAAACUCCGUUAUUAAGAAAAAUAAGUAUAUAUACAACAACGUGUAUUGGCCUGGGUAUAAUUUAUUCUGUAUAAUUCAUUGUUUAUAUCAACCAUCACCCUGCAUGGAAUAGUACACAGUAUAAAUUUGAGUCCUGCAGUAUGAACAACUUUUAUUUUAUGUAUGUUUCUUCAUUGUAUGUGAAUAAGAUUGUAUGUGGCAAAUUAAAACCUUGGAUCUCACAUCAACUAUAGACCUUUCCCUCUUCAGCCACCUCCGCAUUUCAGAUUGUACACUUUUGCAAUAUCAGUAUUAACUUUAAUCAGUCUGGAUAGCAAUAAUAGACUGGGCUCUCAGGAUCAGUUUAAUUCGGCCAGGACAUCAAUUGUAGGCUGUUAUUAUAGAAGUGUAAAUUCUGCAUUAUUGAGGGGGGGAGGCUGCUUGGAAACCAUUGAUUUUUGUCAAGCCACUUGCAAAUGGGUUCUCUUUAAAAUAACCUCUUGACUGAGCUGUAGUUGUUGUGGUGCUGAGUGUUAUCUAAGUUAGAUUUUUUUUUUUCUGUUCUACUUGACCAAAACCAUUUUUACUUGGCAGGAUUUUGAAGAAGGCUGCUUCCUGUUGACAAAGUGUGAUAUAAUUAAUCUAACCCCUCUUGAGAUCAUAAUUGCAGAGAAAGGUGCUAAUGGAGCAUUGUUUUUAUCAAGAAUGUUCCAACCCUUCCUUGAAGGAUACCAGGUAUGCCAAAGGAAUUCAUGUUUGUAUCUAUUAAAUGCCUAGUGCUCAAGUUUAAUUAAAUCUGUCCUUUAAUAAUUAGCACUGUAAUAAUUCUUUUAUAUUUCUGCGUUGCCUACAUGGCACCCUAAUUAUACUAUGUUUUCGGUUUGUUUCUUUGUUUUGUGCUCUGAAGAAAUAAUCAAAUGCUUACCCACAACGACCAAAACAAGGUUUUAUUCUCAUUCAGAUUACAAUCUUGCAAAGUAGUUGCUUCUGAAAGGGGUUUGGGACAUGAGAAGUGGAAAAAGGACAUUGUCAAAGAGAAUGAUAAUAGCCAAAAUAGAAUGAAAGACAGGUUACAUAUACCGGACCAUAGAGUGGCUAAGCUUACCGUGUGCUUAAAAAUGCGAGAAAAUGUAGUAAGAAAGAAUUCCAAGUUCAAGGGAUACAAAGGUACGCAAGAACAAGAAAACAAGCCACGCUCAAAAGUAUACAGAGAGUCACAAUAGUCAAUAGUCAAUAAUCGGGUCAGCAACUGGAAUUACAGACUAACAUUAUAAUGCACUCUCGGGCUAACAAGAACCAUGACAUGGCAAUGAUUCCCAGAAAGAGGGGAACUUAUAUAUGGCAAAGAAGAAUAUUUUUGGUCACCAUCAUCUCUCUGCACCAGGACACACAAAGGGGUGUGACCUGUGCAGGCUAGACUUAGGUGUCCAACAAAUAUGACAUCACAAAAAGGUAAGUAUAAAAUCCAACACCUACAGGGUCCUGUAAUUCCAAAGUGCUCCUGUAGGCGGCGCAGUAUUGGCAUGGAAAUCACUGUCUGCACUUCCUUUAGGAGAACGCCGCGUGACCUCAGAGUUGGAGGUAUCCAGAAGCACGACGUUCACUUCAGUAAGAACGGCGUGGGACCAGGAUCUUCCGCCCCCCUCCCCCCACCCCCGGAGCCUGUAAGUGCCAUGUAGCAGCCUCAGGUAUGAUAGUGGGUCUGGGGUGGAGCCAAACACCCCCCUGAUCAAUCCUCUCUAUGGAGAAAAUUCAGUAUCUCCAUGCAGAGUGUGGACACGCUGAACGUCAAGCAGCACUGCCCCAGGAAGCACCUUUUUCUCUGAAAAGGCAGUGUUUUCAUUAAAAAGCCCGUAGGUACUGAAUAUACUCACCAGGACAACUACAUUAAGCUGUAGUUGUUCUGGUGACUAUAGUGUUCCUUGAAUAAAAAUAAUAAUUUCAUCAAGUAUUAAAAUGAGAUAUAUAAUAUAUAUAUAUAUAUAUAGUAUAACUCAUCCUCUACAUUUUAGUAUAUGGCAGGAUUCUGUUGUCAUAUUUGUGGACAGUGUUUGAAAACUGUCAAUCUCUGCUUCACUCCCUGCUUAGAAGCACGGAAGAAAAUAUUAGUGAAGUGACCUUUUGUUGCCUUGAGUCUCCAAAAAAGCUGAUUUGGAACCCCGGCGGCCACCCCCACCCCUAAGUCAGCUUUACCCCUGAUUUGACUAUUUUGUUCUAAAACUUGAAAUCUUACUUUAGUGUGUACCAUUUAUCAAAAUAAAAAAAAAAGCAAAGCACAAACUUAUAAAUCUGCUAAUAUUAUGAAGCUUGCUGAUUAAAUUAUCACUAUUAUUAGCAUUUAUAUAGUGCCAACAGAUUCUGUAGCACUCAAAUGAGUGCUUAAAUGAGUUUACAAUCUAUGAGGGUGGUACAAUCCAAAAAAUAAUAUAAUUUUUCUGGAUGAAGGACAUACUAGAAAUGAUCGCAUUACAGAAGAUCAGACUCCACCUAUUGUACUUUGAAGUUGUCAUGUUUUUGCCACCCAUUUGAGAAAGGAAAACCAAGGUUUAAAAGAGGAAACAUAAAUGAUUUAAAGUGUCUUUAACCCUUUAAGGACCAAACUUCUGGAAUAAAAGGGAAUCAUGACAUGUCACACAUGUCAUGUGUCCUUAAGGGGGUUAACGGAAACAUUUUUUUUUUUUUGAGACAAUAAAUCUCAAGGUCACUAUUGGGCUGCAAAAUUCUGCAGGGUCUGGAUACCUUUAAGCUGGCAUGGAUCUAUGCAGUUAACACAUCCUGCUUUCCUUAAUCUCUAUAUGUAUGUUCACUGCAGAGAACAAUUAAUGUACAACAGUCAUUAUGAAGUUCCAGAAAAAUUAUGCUUUUUAAAUGUGGGUACAGCGUAUAUAUUAAACAAACACAGUUUUCAUAGAAGUGUAUCCAACAGAAGACAAAAUCAACCAAUCAUAGCCGUUCAGUGCAAAAAGUAUAAUUUCUCAUAUAACAUUACGUAUUACAGGAAAUCUACUGCGCAUUUCUAGCACGUCUUCUCUAAACUACGUGAAGGUCUUGUGAGAGAAAAAAGGGAGUAUGUGUGCCUGCAAGAUAGCAGAUAGGGGAUAGAAUUCUUGCUUUUAACCCUUGCAGACGUGGAAAGACUUAACUAAGACAAAAAGGCUUUUUAACCCUUUUCUUUACUUGUAUCUAUGACAAGUCCCCAUCUCUCUGGUACUGCAGGUGAGAGUUAGGCAAGGUAUCUCCAGAUGUACUAAUUUAUUAAUUCUUCACAUCGAUUUCCUCGCCUUUUUUCACUAAAAGAGCCAUCAAGGGAAGCUUGCCCAGAUAUCUGUUGGUACCGAAUAAUAUGUUAUUAAAUCCACAUCGCCAUAUGCAAUACAUAAGUUACUGUAUAUAUUUAUAGCUCUGUAUGUCUAGGGGAAUAUUUACUAAGCAUUGUAUAGGUAAAAUAAUUAAUUCUCCAUCAGUCACCGUACACGCUAUUGUUUCAGGAUGGAUUUCCUGAUCCCCAGAAGAAAAAAAAGCUAAACUCCAUGUUUUAUUAGGAAUAACCACUUCAAAUUUAUAAAAACUAGCCCAACAAGUUAGGAUACAUGGAAAACAAGUUUAUAUCUUCGCAUAUGGUUAAAGUUGAACUGCUAUUGGUUUAAUUACCUAUUUGAAAAUGUCUACUGUAGAUUUCGAGAGCCUUCCACGAAGGUGCUAGGGUUUUUCAGUAUAAAAUGCAAAGCCAUGUUCUGCCACUUUUUUUUUUUGUAUGUAGAAAUAUGGUGAACGAUGGUGAAUUUCUUGACAUUUACUUGAGCAUCUUUGAUUUAAUUUUAAAGCACUAGCAUUUAAAAAAAAUAUCUACAUUUACCCCUUUUACUAAUGCGUCAAUCCAGCAUCCAUCCAUCCAGAAUUCUGGAUUAACAACUUUUAAAUCUUUCAGUGAGUCUGAAAAUCCAUAUCUGAACUAGUCUAUGUUGAAAUAAGUAUCCCUCAUACUGUUACAGAAUUCUACAUCUUCUUCAGCAUUUUUCUUCCCUCGUGAUGAAAUUCUAAUAUUGGUUUUCAUCAGCACACAUUAGUGUCUUUUGUGACUUGGACAAAUACUGAAACAGCUUAUACAGGAUCUAAUGGAGUAGUUCUAGUGUCUAAAUGUACAUACCAAAUUCACAGCUUGCAUUGUAAGGCUGGAAUGUUAUGUAACGUAUAACCAAAGCCAAAGAAGCAUCAGCGGUAUUUUGGAGAAGAUGAACCAGAAAAAUAUCUGAUUGGAGUGUAGGCAGUUAGUAGGGGAUACAUUUGGAUGUAUAAUGAAACUGAGGAUCAGAAUUUUCUAAAAUAUUUCAGAGAAGUCACUACAAGCUAAGGUUAGUUGCAAGAGUAUCACUGUUAUAAUUGGACACAGCCAGAAAUAAUAAUCAAGCACAGGGCAAAUGCACUAGAACACUGGAGCAAUGUAUGUGACAGCUUGGCAAUUGAAUGCCUAGUUCUGAAGCACUGAUAUUUUUUGAAUAAUAUUAUUGAUAAUCUCAUGGAAGAGUUCAUCUGCAGACCUUCUCCACAUUAAGAAAAAAAUGAUAAUUGAAGAUUAUGCUAGCUUUAGUGUACUAAUAAUCUAAAUUUUAGUAAUGACAGGUGGCGAGUAUUUUCCCACACAUGUUACCUUCUCUUUGAUUAUGGGACGGGUUUUUUUUCCUUCUGGUUUAUUCAUAGAUCUUUAUUUCUCCUGUCCUAGUUUAAAUGUUUUUUUAUUAUCCUAUUUUAGGAGGUAGCAUCGUCUCGUCCCUGGAGCCCCAAGAAUCCCACAAGAGGUCUCUAGCAGCCUGUGAUAGUUCACUGAUCUGCCAGGCACCCCGGAAAGAGUCUAAGCCACCAGGGGUUCCCCUUUGGAUCCUUGAGGAGAGUUGGAUAAGAUGGUAGGAUAAGAUGGUCCACUACAUCCGGAAACCACGUCUGACUCCGCCAUAGGGGAGUGAUGAGUAGCAGUGAUAGUUGUUGAAUUCUCAGGUAGUGAAGUGUCCUCGCUAUCAUAGCAAAGGGGGGGAAAGGGCGUAGGCUCCGUUAACUGGCCAAGUUUGCAGGAAGGCAUCCACUGCCCUGCUCUCCGGUUCCGGAAGCCAGCUGAAGAAGUCCGGAGCUUGCAUGUUGUUGCAUGAUGCAAACAGAUCCAAACGGAAUGGGCCUCUCUGAUUUGAGAGGGUGUUGAAUAUCUGAGGGUCCAGCAUCCAGUUGCUGCCUUCUCGCCAAUGGUGGGAGAACCAGUCCGCCGUGAGAUUUAUCUCGCCCAGUAAGUAUUCUGCCCUAAGGGAGAUGUUGCAAGGUAGACAGAAAUUGAAGAUCUCCUUUGUUAUUUCCGACAAGAGACUAGAUCGGGCUCCGCCCAGGCGGUUAAUAUAGCGGACUGCCGAUGCAUUCUCCUCAAGAUGGACAGUGUAACAGUUGGAUCUCUCCCUCGCUAGGCUGUAGAUUGUGAAGGGUCCUGCUAGGAGUUCCAGGCAAUUGGUAUGCAUGGAGAGUUUCUGGGAUGUCCACUGUAGAUACUCCUUCACUUAUAGUGCCCCAUCCCCAGAGGCUGGCGUCUGAUUCCAGGACAAAAUCUGGUUUGUCGCCGAAGAUUGCCCGACCAUUCCAGGCUUGCAUGCUGUCCAGCCACCAUCUUAGUUCUUCCCGUACCUCGUCUGUCACCGGUACCAGUUGGUCGUAGUUAGGGUUCUGACAAAGGAACGAGGCUUUCAGGCGUUGCAUCGCUUUGUAGUGUAGUGGACAUGGGAAAAUGGCUUGGAUCGAUCCGGACAGGAGACUGCGGAGGGGGAUGGAUUGCAAGCGCAUGACCUUGCGGAUGGCUGAGAUCUUUGACGCUGGCAGUCGUUGGGUGCCUGACGUGGAGUCUAUUUUAGAAACCCAGAAAUUGGAUUGUUUGGAAGGGAGUCCAGCAGUUCCACGGUAUAGUGUGUGUGUCUAGUUUUAGUCUCUACCUGCAACGAACCCCUCUUGCUCGAAAAUGAGUAACCACAGGCUUAAGAAGCUUGGUGAAACACCAUGGAGCCAAGCUGAGGCUGAAAGGGAGGCAUGUGAACUGCCAAGGUUGGUCGAGCCACAUGAAUACUGGGUACUGAGAGGUACGCGUCUUUGAGGUCCAACCUCGUGAACUAAUCGCCAUCCUGAAGAAGGUCCCUCAAAAGAUGGAUACCCUGCAUCUUGAAAUGGCUGUAUACCAUGUGAGCGUUGAUCUCCCAUAGGUUGAUAACUGGGUGGAAAUCACUGCUUUUCUUUUUUACCAGGAAAUUUUGCUGAAAAACCCUCCAGGUUCCCGAGCAGUUUGAAUCGCACCCUUGGUGUGGAGUUCCCAGAGUUCGGAGUCGAUGAGCCUGGAAUUGUCCGCGGAGCAGUUGAUAGGUCGGGGUGGACCUGACUGAUGGGGGGAACCGAUGGGGUCGAUGAUAUAACCCCGAACCAUCUGCAGCACCCACACGUCCGCGUAGAUGUCUGCCCAAUUCUGAAAAAACAGAGAUAUGGCCUGCGGUACGGAGACAUAUGGAAUGAGAUAAUUUGUUGCUUACCUGAGGAGAAACCUGCUCUGCCAAGUCCACGUGAUAUGCGACCUCUUUCUGUGCCUUCAGAGUAUGAGAGGCUGUCUGUAUCCCACUUCCGGGUAAAACAGUUGCAGUUAUGGAGAACAGGGGCGUGAAAGGCUGGUGGCACGGACUCUUUGUCGGCCACUCCUGCCCAAAAAAAAACCCUCAUAGGGUUGCCCCGAAAGACCUUCCGCAUCAAGGUCUGUGCCUUCGUGAGAAAAGUGAAGACAUUAACAUGCUUGUUAAGCUCCUUUAGAAAGGCUUCACCAAACAGUUUGCCCUGUGCCUGGGGUCCGAGCUCUUUGGUGCCUAAGUCCACCAACUUUCUGUUCCCAUUCAUGUAUGCCGUGAGCCCAUUCCUGAACAGUGCUGGCUAGCUCUCAUGAAGGCGUUGUCUGCCAGGUACGUGAUCCGUGAGAGGGGUCCAACAAUUUAUCUUGGGCACCUCUGAAGCCCCUCUCCACCCCUUUAUGGGGGUCACGACCACCUCUCCUCAUGAAGGUCAUCAUCACUUGGUCGAAUUCAGGGGUUUGGGCCACGUUACCGGCCAGGGAAAGGUGUGGGCAUUCCGACCUCAGUCAGUUAUGUACCACCUUUUACAGAGGCUUAUGGAGCCAUAAAUGCAUGAACUUGGACCUAAUGGUCAGGGGGUGUCCAUUCACUUGAACGUGGUUGUCUGAUAUUCCAUGGGUCAAAAAGCUUCUCACCUGUCAGGUCCAGAAUAGUUUUCCUAGCCUCUUGUGCGGGGCCAACGCCCUCUAUAAUCUGGGACUCACUCACAAUAGUCUCCCACAUGGAUGCGAUGUGUUACUUAGCGUCUGAACCCCAAGUGUCAUCUGACGCCACCGCUACCCUUUUGUCCAGUAUGGACAGGGAGCGGGGCAGGUCACCCUCCUCUCCAGAGGAUCGUUUGUGUCGUGGGGUAAGUGCAUAGGUUGUUGCCAUCUUGUAGCGUUUAGCAGCUGCCUUGCCCUUGUAUAGUUUGUGCUGAAUUUUUCUUGUUGCCUUUCCAGUGGCACUUGCCAGGGAGGGCGUUCUCCUUAAUGUGGGAAACUGAGGCUUAAGAAUCAGAGUCGUAUCGGGAGCGAUGUGGCAUAUAGUGUUUAGCUUGUUCCAGCACUUUAAAGAGUGGUUCACCUUGUUUAUGUGUUAUCUUUGCUGCUGUGGAGUUAGUAAAGAGAGUUAAUGCAAAAUAUGAAGCCUCUUGUCAUGUUGUAAAAUGUAUGCUUACUGGUGCUUUUACUUUCCUUUGUGGUAAGAUCACCUUUAGUUUGUUUAAUCUGUACUAGUGCUUUUAGUCUUACUUACAACUUAAUAUUUUGCUGCAUUAAUUUUCAAACAUGGUUUCAAGCAGUACACUUUUUGACUAUGGAGCAACAUAAAAUGUUUUAUAUUUAAUAUAUUUUUUUUUUCAAUCUACAGUUGGCCUGCUUGUACCUUGCAAAGGAAGUGUUUGAGACUUUUACAGAAAAACAGUAUGUGUCUGGAUUGAGAAGUUUUAUAUCUCAACGAAUUGUAGGAGGUGAGUUCCUUGAACUUGUAUGCUGUUCAUUUAACCUCAUAAACAACAGUUCAGUAAAUCAUAUAACCUAUAAGUAUUAGCAUCUGAGAAACAAAUAAAACUGCAACUGCUAAUGCUGGGCAGAGCUUUUUUCUUCAGUCCGUAACAUUUGGAGAACAGAACUUUCCACGGAGGGUUCUAGAAAGUUAACACACAGUUUUAUAUUGCCUUGCAUUGUGUACUACCAAAUUAUUAAAGGAAAAUGCCAAGCACCAUAAACAUUAUAGCAAACUGUAGUAGUUAUGUUGCCAGGAGUACCUUGAGACUCCCCUACUUUGUAAGUAUUUUUUUAGAAUGGCUUUUCUGCAUACCUAUGGUCUGCAAGGCACUGCUCUCCGCCUCCACUUCAUCCUUCAGAAAACCGGAAGCUCUCUGUCUUAAGCUCAGGGUUUAGGUGCAGGGUUUAGCUCAUAGGCUGAGCGCAAUCCUCUCGCUCUCUCAGAAAUUGCGCUAGCUCUGCUCUGUAGGGCUUGGCUCACAAGAGCCAACUGAAAUUCCUAAGCAGGCUGAAGGCUAUUUUGGAGAUGUGCCCCAGAGGAACCAAGUUAAGAAAUCAUACCGUUCUAAACUGGCUUGACUACUAACAAUGGAGGGGGAGCCAGCACCCCUGGUACCAUAAUUGCUAAAGUGUCAUGUACUGGUUAUGGUGGUUAAGGUGCUUGACGUGUUCCUUUUAUUGAAAAUGUUCUUUCUUGCAUGCUAUAUUAAUUACAAUAAAUAUCCUCUAAUUUGUAUUGUUGUUUGUGGACUUUGGAGGACCUGUUAUUCAUAAAGAAUGAGUAUCUAGAAAUUUGUAACCUAAUACCACAAAUAUAAAAAAUAAAGCUUCAUAUAUGGUUUCAGAUCAGUGAAGGGGAAUUUUUGUCCAGAUUGCGUAGUUAGGUUUAGUUAGUUUAUAUUAUUUUCAUUUGAAUCUUAUACUAUUUUGAUAAACAGGCUGACAUUUGCUCUGUGUGGUAAAAUGAAAUAGAUACAUGGGCUUCCUGAAAGCCGAUAUGACCAAAGAUUAGUACCAUGUGAUGCCUUUAUAUUUAAAAGGGCACUAUAGGGUCAGGAACACAAACAUAUAUUCCUGACCCUAUAGUGUUAAAACCACUCUAUAGCCCCCCUGGCCCCCUUUGCCUCCCUAAAGAUAGUAAAAUCUUACUUGUAUUCAAGUCUGAAGCUUCCGCCUCUGUCUGUAAACUUCCUCUGACAUCAUCAGAAGUGGUAGCCUGAUCCAAUCAAAAUGCUUCCCCGUAGGAUUGGCUGAGACUGACAAGGAGGCAGAUCAGGGGCAGAGCAAGCAUGAUUCAAACACAGCCCUGACCAAUCAGCAUCUCCUCAUAGAGAUGACUUGAAUCAAUGAAUCUAUAUGUGGAAAGUUCAGUGUCUGCAUGCAGAGGGAGGAGAUACUAAAUGUUUGGAUGCAUUUCAUGCAGCCAUGACCCAGGAUGGAUCUCUAACAGCCAUCUGAGGAGUGGCCACUGAAGUUAUCACUAGGCUGUAAUGUAAACACUGCAUUUUCUCUGAAAAGACAGUGUUUACAGCAAAAAGCUUGAAGGUAAUGAUUCUACUCACCAGAACAAAUUCAAUAAGCUGUACUUGUUCUGGUGACUAUAGUGUCCCUUUAGUUUGAAUCUGCAUAGGUGGCACCAUAAAAAAAAAAAAUAUUUAUCAUGCAUAGAUAUAAAUGUACUGAUUACAUUUACAUGUGUACCUUAAAGGAACACUCGAAACACCAUAACCACUUCAGAGAGCUCUGAGCUGACAAAUUCCUGAGAGUUAUCAGCUGAGGCUCUCAGCCAUUGUGUGGCCUUUUUAAACUGAACCGGACAGACCACAGGUAAAAAGCCAAACCGUUCUUAAAUGUUUGUUUUCUUGACAUUGGAGGUGGCAACGCACUGUAGUGGUUAUAGUGCUUGAAGUUGGUUUCAUCAUCCACAGAUUAUUGUUGAAAGAUCCACAAUAAAACUACUCUAUAACAUAACUAGGCCUGUGUAUCACUUAUCUAUAAACUUUUUAUGAUGUUACUCAUUGUUUAUAAUUUAAGUAAGAAUUUCACUGAAAAUUCCUUGUAAAAAUCUCCACAGGCGUAACCAAAUGUUAUGAAGCCUUAUCUUCAGAUAUGCAAAAGAACACAUUAUCUUCAUUUGUGCAAGUUGGAAUUGUGAGGGUCAUUAAAUCGUAAGUAGUAUUAUUUGCUUUUUUUUAUAUAGUCCUUUUUAUUUUAUAUUUGAUGUUUAAUUCUUUCAUGCAACCUUUUUAAUAAUGAUCAUUUAUUCAAUUUCUACACUCACUGAACUGUUAAUAUUUUUGUUGUCUUGAAGUACUAGGUUAUUGGUCAGGUUAUCUGUCAGUCACUGAUCUGUUGUCUCAGAGCAGUGAUGUGUAUAGCCAGUGUUAUUUUAUUUGCUUCUCUUCUUCUCUUUGAUUGUCUGAUGUUGGCUAUUAAAACUCUCCUUUUAAAGGUCUGUAAGAAACAGCCAAUUAGAGUGCAAUGCUUCAUGACCGAUGUCCUUAACAGUGCUGGUCAAGGAAUGGCAACCAAUAACAAAGUGACAGGGGGAAAAGUUUGGUCCUCUGUUAUAGUUCAACUUGUUAUAUGCAGGACAAUAUUGCUCCUGUAUUAUCAUGUGGGAAAAAAAAAUCACACAUGUUACUUUACAAUCAAUGUUUCUAACAGUCCACAAAAGCAGUCAUGGUUAGGAUAAGGUCAUUGUCUAUUAGAAAUGACAGAAAUGCUAAAAUGCUUGUCUCUUGUACUUCCCUGCUCCUUCUCCCACAAUUUCAAUUUUAAGUUGUAAAGGUGUGGACAUAGAGAACUACUUAUAGAGAUGGCAUCAGUAGACCUUAAGGAGUCUUGGCUUGAUCCAUAUAGGCAAUAUGAACAUUCACGUGCUUCAGGCUGUGAACUUUUUUAUUUUUAUUAAGGUCUUUCAUAAAUUGCAAUUCAACACAAUUGCAAUCGAUACAUCUUGUACAAUGUGUGUAUGUAGUAGGAAAUAAUAAAUAAUAUCGUAGGAAAAAUAAAGAGCCCUGCAGUAAUGGAAAGAGUCCGUAUUGUUCUUGAUACGUUAUCUAUAUAAAAUGGAUGCACAUUCAUGGUGACACCUGGUGAUACAGAUGUGAAAGUUUGCCAGACAUUUAUGAACUGCAGAACAGUGUAUUUAUUAAUUGCCUAUUGAUCCUGUAGUUGAACCAAGUUGAAUCAAGAAAGAAUGCAAAUGACAAAAAAGAAAAACAUUGAUAACAAAAAUACCCGCUAGUAAAGUAUAGUAACAUUACAUGGUCUUCCAUGGUUCAGCAGUUCAUUUUGUGUAUGUGUAAAAACAAGUGGUAAAAUGAGGUGGUCUAUCUCGUCCCAUGGUACUCAGAGAUCAAUAGACGUUGUUAAUGAGAGCAUACUGGAUUAAGCUGAAUCAGGUUGUGUGCAGAGCUAGUCAGAAGCCUAGAGUAAUACUAUGUGAGUCUCCCCCCACCUAUGCUUCCGCCCUGACAGUUGAAAGUUGCAUAUCAUAGGAGGUUUAACUAUAUUACUGUGCAUGUAAUUCCACACUAUGUCACUGUGUGUUCGUCAUUUCCCAAGUGUUGACAAUCUGAGUUCUUUCAUAGCCAGGAAGUGUUCGAUUCUGGACAACCAAGUUAAGUAUAAGGGCUGCUUUGUGGAUUUCCACAGGAGUGUAAAUUCCAUCUUUGUAACAGUAAGGAGAAAAUCUUAAUACCUGAAAUGUCUACUAUUUCUCAAACUUUCUUCCAAAAUUCCUGCAUGUUUUUUUUUCACAGUCCCACCAUAUGUGUUGAAGUGUCUUAAGAUCUUUAUUGUAUCUCCAACAGUUGGGUGAUUGGGACUUGUCAAAUCUGUGUAUCUCUAAAGGGGAGGUAUACCAUCUAGCUACUAAUUUGAAGUUUAAAUGUGAUUCGAAUGUACAUUGACAAAUUGUUAACCCUGCUUGAUCCGUGAGUGGUUUUGUGAGUUGUGUGUUCCAUAUGCGUGUGUAUUAGGAAAGUUUGGAGUUUAACAAGGAUUUGAUCAAUUUAUAAUACUUGGAAAGUGUAAUCGUUACUGGUUUGUUCUGUUAGUUUUUCAUGCAUAGGUUCUUCUCGGAGUCCAUUUCUGGUAGCUUUAAUGUUGUCAGGAAGUGUUAAUUGAUGGAAUUGAAAUAUCUGAAGGGGUGUUUGUGUUUUCUGCGUAAUUAUUUCUGGUAUCAGUUUUAAUUUAGCAUUUUCUACAAUGUCUCCCAUCGAUAAGUAGGGAAGAGUAGACUGAUUCGAUUUUGGUUAUUAGCAGUAAGCCCUUUUCACCAACUGGGAAUAGUGGCUUGUGUAAGAUUGUGUAUUUCAGAGGUAUAUCUGGGGAUAAGUCUUUAUAUGUAGCUAAUUUCUUCCAUACCUUUAAUGUAGCUGAAAUAGAUGGGUGCGUGUGUGUCAACAAAAAUAUAUGAUGUAUGGCUGGACAUCCAUGGUAAAGCCAUACGUGGUGCAUGUAUGUUUGAUUGCACCAAAGGAAUCCUGAAGACCAGCUGAUUUUAUUCUGCUCAGGUGGGUUGCAUAAUAAUAGUGGAGUAUGUAGGAGAGUCCUGUCCCUCCUCUAAGUUUCAAUUUGACUAAAAAUUGGUAUGCAAUACAAGGUUUUUUUUCACUGCUAAUACAAAAUUGAUAAGUAGAGAUCGUACUGUUUUAAAAAAGCUUGAAAGCUUGGUGGUAUGGAGAUGGGCUACUGAGUAAGUAAAUAUUCUAGGAAGGAAGUUCAUUGUUAUUAUUUUAACUCUCCCUAACUAUCAAAAAUGGGGUUUAUUUUAGCCUUUCAUGUCUUUUCUAAUGUUGUUCAGUAGGGAAGGAAAGUUGGCUAGGUGUAGUUCUUUAGUGUCUUUUGUGAUGUUAACUCCUAGAUAGGAAAAAGAACUAGAGUGAGAUGGUUGUUCCACUAAAGAUGGAAAAACUGGACACCCAUUUCACCAAAUGAUAUCUCAAAUAUAUUACAAUAAUUAUUAGGUAUAACCUUUAUUACGCCGUCUUAGGGCAACACACAAAGAGUUAAAUGUGAUAAUAGUGAAACACUCGUGAAAAAAACAAGUGAAAUAAAAACUGGGUAGAUGCCAUAUGGAUAUCCUCAAAAGAUAAUAGAGUGGCUAAGGGUAUCUACACUGAGUGUUUGUAGUAAGAAGUACAAUGUAUAGUAUAAUAUAUAUCCAGUCAAACACCACAGAGCCAAUUCUCUAGAGGAAAAAUCUACAGGGAUCUAAAGAUAUCCCUAUUAAAUUCUAUCGAAGCAGCAGUGUUUAGUGUCUAUAGAAGCUAGCUUUGAUGAGUGCAGAUUUAAACUCUCUCAACUUUCUACAUAUAUUCUUUUCAAAGUGGUUUUUUUUGUGUUUUCAAUCUUUCAAUCUUUCUGGGGGGGUACCUCUGUAUAUAUAUACAUAGGGAUUGAUUUAUUAAUCCACCUUACUACUAUUAUGAGAUACCUGUUCUCUAACCCCCAGGAUUAUUUUGUCCAACCAUUUUUCUAAACCUAUUUAUAUAUCUGCGCUCUAUUUGGUCUAUUGAGACAUUAUAAUUAUCUAUACUACUCCAUCUAAACUUUAAACACUAAGUAGCAUACUCUACAUAUACUGCCUCUCAGCUGUUUUUUAGACUCUAUUUCAUUUUGCAACACUUUAGAUCAAAUUUAUGUUAGAUUGACGAUACACUAUGUAUCUAAGUCUAAUUUAUAUACUUUUGAAAAUAUAUUAGAGUCUAUGGUACUUUAUGUGGAAUUACCUCUAUAGAAUUUAAUAGGGAUAUCUUUAGAUCCCUGUAGAUUUUUCCUCUAGAGAAUUGGCUCUGUGGUGUUUGACUGGAUAUAUAUUAUACUAUACAUUGUACUUCUUACUACAAACACUCAGUGUAGAUACCCUUAGCCACUCUAUUAUCUUUUGAGGAUAUCCAUAUGGCAUCUACCCAGUUUUUAUUUCACUUGUUUUUUUCACGAGUGUUUCACUAUUAUCACAUUUAACUCUUUGUGUGUUGCCCUAAGACGGCGUAAUAAAGGUUAUACCUAAUAAUUAUUGUAAUAUAUUUGAGAUAUCAUUUGGUGAAAUGGGUGUCCAGUUUUUCCAUCUUUAGUGGAACAACCAUCUCACUCUAGUUCUUUUUCCUUCAAAAUUAUUUUGCGGGGUUCAUGCCCCUUGAUAUCUCUGUAACCCCUUCGGGAAAUUUUUGAUGUGGACUUAGUCCACCUCUAAUAUUUCCUUUCUUGUUUCUUAACUCCUAGAUAUUUUAUGCUGCCUUGGUCUCAAGGGAAUAAGAACUUUAAGAAGGAAUGCGUUGUGUUUUCUGACUGUAAGAUAUCAGAUUUCACUCUUUUCAACGUUAAAGGAUCACUAUUGUGUCAGGAAAACAAACCCGUUUUCCUGACACUAUAGUGCCCUAAGGGUGCUCCCACCGUUGGUACUGAAGGGGUUAAAUCCCUUUCAGCAACUUACCUUAAUCCAGCGUCGGGCUCCCUCGGCGCUGGUGACCUCUCCUCCCCCACCGACGUCUGGUCCUGAGUGGAGCGGCAUGCGCAUGCGCAGCAAGUGCCAUGCGCGCAUUCAAACAGUCCAUUGGAAAGCAUUUAUCAAUGCUUUCCUAUGGACAUUCUGCAUGUUGGAUGCAAAUUUCUCAUAUCUUUUAUGGACUGUGUUUAAACUGCAUAUUUAUUUUUUUAAUCAUGUUUGUAUUCAUUAUUUGGGCACACUUGGAUGCAAUAUUUUUAGAGCAUCUUGUUUAUAUCAUUUCAGCAUUGUUUUUCAAUCUACUACUUAGUUGAUGUGCCCCACUUGUUUUAGCUAAAGGCAACACUUUUCCUGGCAAUACCACUUGAAGGUUUUUAUGCAUUAUGUGAAGACGUACUUCUCAUUUUAAGAGACAUUUUGUGUUCUAUCGAAUACAAUAACCACUAGCACCUUUUUAUCUGCUUUUCCUACAAUACAUCUCCUGGUACGUUUUGGAUUUAUCUUAAUUCUGCCUGUUACAUGAUGGGUGUCUAGCUGUACUAUCCCUGUCCACAUCCAUGGAUCGAUUUUAAAGUCUCCUUCUAUAAUCCAAUCACUCUCUAAAUUAUUGGGCAGACUAGAUGGGCCGAUUGGUUAUUUUCUGCCGUCACAUUCUUUGAAAGCGUACAUCUAAAGGAUGCACAUUGUAACUAUUUACUUGCCCAAUAAAUAUCAAAAGGUCACAAGUGUGGUCCCUAAAGAACCCUUCAGGAUUAAGUCAUCCCUGUCAGGGCUUACCUUAGUUGGGAGUCCGGUAGGCAGAGAUUUGUGCUCACCCUUGCAGUUAUACGCUGUCCAAGGUGAUAAGGUUAGAAACCACCAGGACUGUGAAUCUGUGCAUGGGGGUUGUGCAUGAAAGGUUUUCCAAUUUGCAGUUCAGACAAGGGCAAAUCCAGAAGAGUAAUCAGACACGGUUCCAAAGGUCAGGGCAGGCAGCAAACACGCAAUAACAAGGAUCCAGAAGCAGGGGUCACAAGCCAAGUCAGUCUAUAAGCAACAGGAACAGGAAACAUGAAACAACCAACUGACAAAGUUCCCAGGGCAAGGCAGUGCGUAUAAACUAAGCUAAUUACGAUCUGCUUCAGGUGAGCUUAGCUAGACAGGAGCAGCUACAGGAAAAGUCCAGCCCCCAGGUGAGGUGACAAGGUGAGGAUAAACAUAGGCAGAAACAAAAACCCAGAGGCAAGACAGGACUAAGGCAGAAAGAGUCCAGAGUUCAAAUACCCUCUUGGGCACUUCUGGGGCAACCACGUCUGGAUGUCACUGUGAAAACUGUGACAAUCCCUUGUUGUCCGAGAUGUUUUGUUUAUAGGUAAAUGGUACAUGAACCCCCAAUACUAUAGUCACUCUUUUAGACUUACCACUUGAGAGGUUGUUGUAAUAAAAGUGUGGACAUAUCUUAUGGUAUAGUUUUGGGGCAUUUGGACCUCCAAGAUUUGUCUCUUGGAGAAAGACUAUAUCUGCUUUCAGUUUUGCAACUACUAGAGUACUAGAUUUCAUUUUUAGGUGAGUUUAAAUCCCUAACAUUGUAGAAAAUGAUAUUGACCAUCCCCAUUGAGUAAGUCCACUCUGAGUAAGUCAGAUAUGCAGUAGCAGCUUGUGUAUAGGUGCUGUUCUCCACAUGGUGUGUAUAAACAAACAAAAAAGUGAGAACAUUAAACAUAACAAUUAGUUAGACUUGAAUUGUGUCCAGUUGUUGAGUCGGUGCAAAUCAUGUUAAUCAUCCGAAAUGUAGGUGGUAAAUGGGAAUAUAACAGGGAUGGGAGAGAGGGGAAAGUAGAGCACCAGGGAAUCAUGGAACUAUCGCAAUUAUGGAAAAGUAAUGUGUUUUGGAUUACCAGUAGUGAGCUCUCAGUCUUGGUCAUGGAUGGCUGUGAACUUUUUAUGUGGAGCCAAUCUGUGAGUUAUGUUGCUAAGGAUGGGCUGGAUGAAGUGUAUGAUCCAGCAUGCUUCAUUUUAGGACAUGAGCAACUGCUUAAUACAAUCACAGUCCUCUUUACAAACCUGUAAAUGACUCUUGUUUGUACUGUCAGGGAAGGGUUGGAGUAGAUUUGCAAAUCUGCCAAUAGGUUACUUGUUUCACACAUUUUCUAAAUUAUUUUUGUCGCUUUUGGCAGAAAAAGUCCCAGGGCUGUUGUUCCCUGCAGUCACCUGCUUUUUUGUCCACCUAUCGUGGCAUCCCUGUAAUUCUUAGUUGUAGGUUCUAGCAAUAAUUGUUAUAGAAAAAAAGUCACUUCAACAAUUUUGCUGCAUCCUGCUUUAAUGUCUUACUUUAUUCCACUAACAGUAGCUCUGUGGACUGUAACCACAUACAUACAAUUUAUCUUGCAAACAUGAUUUCUUUAUACUUCAGGAGUAACCUUAGAAAAACAAAACACCAAUCUAAAAUCAGUAUUUAAACUAAACAGCUAAUCAUAUUAUCUUAUACCAAUAAUGACCAUUUGUAUAUAUUUUCACAAUUAUAUUUACAUCUAGAGUAUUUUUCUUGCCUUGUAACUAAAUGACAAUUGUUUAUGUUCUUUAGAGCUACUGAAACAAAUUUCCUUGUAGACCAGAGAUCCAUAAGGGAAACUGCGGAAAACCUUGGUAAGAUGUUUAGACUUUUAUGUACUGUAAUGUGCUUAGGAUCAAUAUGUAACAUUUCGAGUUUUUGUUUCUUUUGGCUAUACAUUUUCCCUAGAGCUUUGCACCACUAUCUUAUGAGUCCUAUAACCGUUAUUUACAGCCCACAUCAAAAUUAUAGGUGCAAAAUAAUGAACUUGCAAUAAAUAUAGUAUCUACCAAAAAGAUAUACAGUUGCAUGUCUUUUUCCAGACUGUGAUUAUGUGGGUAAAGAGAAAGGCUUAUGGUGCAGCAUUCUGAAAAAAAUUAGCCUCCAAAAUCCCCAGAUCUCAAUCCGAUUGAGCAUUCAUGAGUUGCGCCAGAACAAAAAACCCAACCCUUGGAGGUCCAACUUGCAAAUGACAGGACCUAAAUGAUCUGCUGCUAAUGUCUUGGUGCCAGACACCACAUGACCUGUUCAGAGGUCUUGUGGAGUCCAUGCCUCAAUACAUCAGAGCUGCUUUGGCAGCACGAGGGGGACCUACAUGAUAUAAAGCAGGUGGUUUCAAUGUUGUGGCUGCUGAGUAUGCAGGGGAGUCUUUAAGCCCAAAAAGUCGGUAAUGACCGCGGACAUACCGUUAUGUAUAUUUACUAAAUUGCCACUUACCGAACGCUGGCAAUCCCCCGCCGGCAAUCGCGAUCUUGGGGUCUGCCUGGGAGCUCAGGCAGACUCCCACUGCCCAAUCCGGCCCUCCCGGGCAAUGUGAUUGGGGCGUCCUCGGAAUCUCAUGGCCGGCUUGUGCAGUGCCUGCAGGGGCCUGCCUGAAGUCUACACAGUCCAGAGAAUUUAAUUGGCAAUCCCUAUAUUUAACCCUUUAACUUUCCAAAAAACAAUAAAAUCUUUACAUAGGGGUAUUGUUAUACUUGGGAGACACAAAUAUGAGUGUUUUAAAAAGUAAAACUUAUCACGACGAUGAUCUCACCAGUAAAAGUGCAGUUUUUGUGUAAAAAAACAAACAAAAAAUAUGAAUGCUAACUUUGGCAAGCAUUUGUGACCAAGUAGCUACUAGAAAAGACUGGAAAUACCCCAUUUUGAAUACCCUGAGUUGUCUAGAUUUUAAAAUGGUAUGCCAUGAUAGGGUUAAUUCACAUUACUGGCCUACCAUAUGGUCUCAAAAGGCAACAUAGACGCAGCAAACCAAUCUGACAAACUGAAUUGGGCAAGCCCUAUAUUGACUGUUGUACUCAUGAGACAUUACUCUACACAAAUAUGAGUGUUUUAGAGCAGUAAAAUGUAUUAUAUCAUCGGUGAAAUGGCAGUUUGUGUGAAAAAUGCAAAAAAAACGAAUAUAAACACAAAUUUUGGCCAGGGUUUGUGACUAAAUGGCUACUAAAAAAGACUGGAAAUACCCCAUUUUGAAUACCGUGGGUGGACUACUUUUACAAAUGGUAUGCCAUGAUGGGGUUAAUUUUCAUACCUGGACAACAUAGGCUCAGCGAACCAAUCUGGCACAUUUCAAUGUGCAAACAUAGAAAAGGGGAAAGCCCUACAUUGACCCCUGUAAGUUUGCAAAAACCAAUAAAACCUGUACAUUGGGGCACUGUUGUACUCAGGAGAUCUUGCUGAACACAUAUUGGGGUGUUUUGUGUCAGUAACACAUAACAGGAAAUGAGAAUCCAUGCCCAAAUUACAAUGUGAGAGAAAAAUAACACAAAAAAAAUGAACACAUAUUGGGGGGUUCUUUGGCAGUAAGCAUUAAAGUUCUCAGUACAUGUAUUCUUAAAUUGCUAUUAUAGCGGUUACCCAGGGUAGCAGAGGGGUUUCCUUUUCCCGAUCAGUGAGGAGGAUUCUCAGCAUCCAGUCGUGAUCCAAGUGAAGAAGCUCUUACAAGAGCUAGUGUGAAUAGCUGUAUAGCGGUUACCCUUAAUAAGAGACAAGACUCUAGAUCAGAGGUUCUCAACCUAGUCCUCAAGGACCCCCUACCAGUCAAGGAUUUAGGGAUUACCUGGGUGUGUCUAAAGUGUUUAGAAAAAGAAAAACACACCUUAGACUCUAAGGUUUUUUCUUUUUCUAAACACAUUAGACACACCCAGGUAAUCCCUAAAUCCUAGACUGGUAGGGGGUCCUGAGGACUGGGUUGAGAACCCCUGCUCUAGAUUGAGGGUGAAGAAGAACUGAGGUUUAAUGGCAGAUACUCUCCUUUUAUGCAAUCUUCCCAUAUGUAAAAAUCACAAGAAUCCGUCCAGGUGUUCGGGAGAUAGAUAAGUCUCUUUGGACCGACCACAUGUAUGUUUGUAUGCCAGAAACAGUUCCACAGAUUCAGGCUGAGCGGUCGGUCUAUUUUCCCAUUCGGAUAAAGUUCAAAUUGCACAAACGGAUCGGUUCGUGCUUAGUCUCUUUAGAAGCGGCUUGUUCGGGAGUUUAUUCUGGCGAAAGAGCGCUCCGUUUAUAUGAGUUUAGCCGAACGCACGGAAGUUGGAAAGUUUCAGCGGUGUUUGUGGAAAAGAGUAGCCGAAAAUGGUUCCACGCGUUCGACGAUAAAACACCGCUGAGUGCGUUCGACUAAACAAAAUGGCCGCUGCCACGUGUUCGUGCAAACAGAUUCGGUUUUCGAACGGCUUUUGCUGAUAGCAUCCAUUAUAGUCAAUUUAGAUGAAGGUUUUUAAACAAAUGACUUGUUCACAAUAUUACAGAUCCAACAAAAAACAGCGGGAUCUGUUCCAGCUAUGUGUGUAAAAAAAAAUCACUUAUUAUUAUUAUUAUUAUCAUUCUUUUAUUUUUUUUAAAUUUGGCAUAGAUUGGUCAAAUGGUUGCAUGAAAAAAGUCAAAAUACCCCAAGUUUAAUACCUUAGGUUGUCUUCUUUUAAAAAAAAAAAAAUAUAUAUACAUGUGAAGGAUUCCAGACAGAUAUCAGUGUUACAAUGUAACUUUCAUUAAUUUAGAAAAAAAAAAUGGUUUGAAAAUAGCUUGUACGUAUUGCCCUAUAACUUAAAAAAACAAAAACAAAGAACAUGUUAUCAUUGGGUAUUUCUAAACUCAGGACAAAAUUUAGAAACCAUUUAGCACGGGUGUUUUUUGGCGGCUGUAGAUGCGUAACAGAUUUUGGGGGUGAAAGUUAGAAAAAGUGUAUUAUUAAAAAAUAUUUAAUCAUAUUUUUUUUUUAUUAUAGUAAAUUAUUUAAUGAGAUGAAAAUAAUGGUAUCUUAAGAAAGACCAUUUAAUGUCGAAAAAAAUGGUAUAUAAUACGUGUGGGUACAGUUAAUGAGUAAGAGGAAAAUUACAGCUAAACACAAACACUGUAGAAAUGUAAAAACAGCCCUGGUCCUGAACGGUAAGAAAAUGUAAAAAAUGGUCUGGUCACUAAGAGGUUAAACUAUGUGCAAAUAGUUCACAUUUUUAAAAUAUAGAUCCAGAUAUUAACAAUCCAAGCUAGUAUAUUGAGCAUUUUUUUGUCACAUUCUGUCACAUCCUAUGAAGCUGAAAUAAGGACUUGUGAUCAGCUAGAGCCAGUAUUACACAAUCUGGACAUUGUGAACUAACGUGAACCUUGUUCAGAUUUUGCAGUCUGAAUGCCCCAAAACAACUGGAUUAUUUUUGCCAAUCUAGACUAGUGGGUUUCAGGUUUUAGUGAAUAGACCCCAGAGUGUUUUACUCUCCCAAGCUUCCCACAGGGUAGUGGUGCAAAAUAAACUAGAAAAGCUACAAUUUCUGGGGAAAUUGUGUGAAGUGUUCUUGCCUCCACCAGUAGUAUACAACUGGAGUGGGCGGAGUAACUGUUAUCAUUUAUAUAGCACAUUUAAUUGCAACGUUGUUGCCCAAAGUGCUUCACAGUUACAUUAAAACAUACAUUUAUAAAAACAUUAGCAAGUGUACAAAAGGCCCUGUCUAUGACAUCACGUGCUGCUCCAGCCUGGCACAGGUCAGAGUAUUUUGGCGGUUGCCAUUUUCAAACGGUCGUAUUUUAGAAACUAUAAAUCCUACAGCGAAGAGCUUUAUAUUGAGAGAAUCACAAGACCCAGACCUACAUUUUGAUGCUUAGUAUGUCUCUGAGAUAUAUUUACAAUUAGGGCACAGUCUCAGUUUAGAAAUUGCCUUCAGAUUUGAGCUGGCUAGAGUGGAGUUUCAAUGAAUGUCAAUGGAUGGCGUGAGUUGCAAACAAAUGGUCAUAUUGUGAAAACUAUCAGGACUAUGGCUUAGCCAUGGACAUGUUUAGUGGCAGCAGGGAUAGCUGAACGUUUUGCUAUAAGAUUUGUGUAGGUGGGCUUGAAAAUGAAGGAGUGGUGGCAGUUUCGAAAUCAUGUCCUGAUUUUUCAGCUUUUGCCAGCUCCCACUCUAGUUUUGAACAUUUUGCCAUUCAUUCCUAUGGGAACAAUUUUGCCACAAGAACGACGAUAUUCCGUGAACCAUUUGGCAAAACGUUCCACAAAGUAAUAGCAAUCCAAUUGGGAACAAUCCGCACGUUUCGGUAUAUUACUGUCUAUGUAGUGUAAAAACUGUGGGAGGAGUUAGGGUGGUAAAUUUGGCUAUAAUAAGAAUAAGAACUAGAAAAGCUACAAUUUCUGGGGAAAUUGUGUGAAGUGUUCUUGCUUCCACCAGUAGUCUACAACUGGAGUGGGCGGAGUAACUGUUAUCAUUUAUAUAGCACAUUUAAUUGCAACGAUGUUGCACAGUUACAUUAACCCCUUCCCGAUCGAGGACGGUUCAGGACCGUCAUCGGCAUUUUUGGCUUGCCGACCGAUGACGGUCCUGAACCGUCCUAACGGUCUCCGUUACUUACCUGAUCGCCGUCGUUCCCCCCGGCGGCGAUCAGCGUGGCUCCGGUUGUGGGGAGACUGCCUGCAGCCCAGACAGUCUCCCCACACUGAAUUAGGACCCCUGGGGCCAUGUGAUCGCUUAACACAGCGAUCACAUGGUCACAAUAGGUGUCCAUGUGUCUGCCUGCAGGGGGACUGCCUGUGCUGACAGGCAGUCUCCCUGCUAGUGUAAAAUCAGAAAAAAAAAUAAAGUUAAUGUUAAUUAAUAAUAAAAAAAUUAUAUAUGUGUAUAUAAAUAUGAUAUAUAGACAUAUAUUAUAUAUAAAUAAUAUAUGUCUAUAUAUCAUAUAUAUAAUGCCAUACUAAGUGUAUUUUUAUAUUAAUAUGUACUUAUAUUAAUAUAAAAAUACACUUAUAAUUAAACUACACACGUAUAUAUAUAAUAUAUAUAAUAACUAUAUAUAUAUUGUGUAUAUAUAUUAUAAAAUAUAAAUAAUAAGUAAUUUAAAUUAAAUAAUUUUUUUUAAAUAAUAAAAAUUAAAAAAAAAAUAUGAUAUUGUUAGUGAAAGUUACUUUUUUUGCACUUUUCACACACAAACAGCACUUUUACUGAUGAUAUAAUUGUUGUGAUACGUUUUCCAGUUUUUAAACACUAAUAUUUGUGUUCAGCGAUGUCUCCCGAGUAAAACAGUACCCCCCAUGUACAGGUUUUAUAGCAUUUUUGAAAGUUACAAGGUCAAAUAUAUGGGUCAAAUAUUUUUACAUUGAAAAUGGCCAGGUUGGUUAAGUUGCCUUUGAGAGCUUAUGGUAGCCCAGGAAUGAGAAUUACCCCCAUGAUGGCAUACCAUUUGCAAAAGAAGACAACCCAAGGUAUUGCAAAUGGGGUAUGUCCAGUCUUUUAGUAACCACUUGGUCACAAACACUGGCCAAAAUUAGCGUUCAAUUUAGUUUUUUUACUUUUUUCACACACAAACAAAUAUGAAUGCUUACUUUGGCCAGUGUUUUCGACUAAGUGGCUACUAAAAAAGACUGGACAUACCCCAUAUUGAAUACCCUGGGUUGUCUACUUAAAAAAAAUAUGUACAUGUGGGGUGUUAUUCAGAGAUUUAUGACAGAUAAUAGUGUUACAAUGUCACUAUUGAUAAAUUUUAAAAAUGUAUGUUUUGAAACCGCAAUAUCCUACUUGUACCUAUAGCCCUAUAACAUGCAAAAAAAAGCAAAAAGCACGUAAACACUGGGUAUUUUUAAACUCAGGACAAAAUUUUGAAUCUAUUUAGCAGUUUUUUUCAUUCGCUUUUGUAGAUGAGUAAAAGAUUUUUCAAGUAAAAGUCAAAAAACGUAUUUUUUUCAAUUUUUCAUCAUAUUUUUUUAUUUUUUUAAAAUUAAAAUACAUGAGAUUAUAUAAAUAAUGGUAUGUAAAGAAAGCCCCUUUUGUCCUGAAAAAAAACAAUAUAUAAUUUGUAUGGGAACAGUAAAUGAGAGAGCGGAAAAUUACAGCUAAACACAAACACCAGAAAAGUGUAAAAAUAUUCCUGGUUGCAAAUGUACAACAUCGCAAAAACAGUCCAGUCCUUAAGGGGUUAAACCAUACAUUUAUAAAAAACAUUAGCAGGUGUUCAAAAGGCCCUGUCUAUGACAUCACUUGCUGCUGCAGCCUUGACAGGUCAGAGUAUUUUGGUGGUUGCCAUCUUCAAACGGUCAUAUUUUAAAAACUAUAAAUCCUACAGCAAAGAGCUUUAUAUUGUGAGAAUCACAAGACUCAGACCUACAUUUUGAUGCAUAGUAUGUCUCUGAAGUAUUAAAAAUGAAGGCACAGUCGCAGUUUAGAAAUUGCACUUCAAAUUUGAGCUGGCUUGAGUGAAAUUUCAAUGAAUGUCAAUGGAAGGCGUGAGUUGCAAACAAAUGGUCAUAUUGUGAAAUCUAUCAGGACUAUGGCUUAGCCGUGGACAUUUCUAGUGGCAGCAGGGAUAGCUGAACGUUUUGAUAUAAGAUUUGUGUAGGUGGGCCUGAAAAUGAGGGAGUGGUGGCAGUUUAGAAAUCAUGUCCUGAUAUUUCAGCUUUUGCCAGCUCCCACUCUAGCUUUGCCAUUCAUUCCUAUGGGACAAAUGUCGCCACAAGAACGACGAUAUUCCGUGAACCAUUCGGCGAAACGUUCCACAAAGUAAUAGCAAUCCGAUCGGGAACAAUCUGCACGUUUUGGUAAAUUUUUGUCUAUGUAGUGUAAAAACUGUGGGAGGAGUUAGGGUGGCAAAUUUGGCUAUAAUAAGAAUAAUAAUAUAUAUGUGAGAUAACAAUAAGUGGUCUUGCUCUGCAAGAACACUUAAUAUAUAUGUGAGAUAACAUUAAGUGGUCGUGCUAUGCAAGAACACUUAAUUAGGGCUGCAGAAAUACAAAGGAACAUACAAACCUUUAUACAUGGCUUCUCCAUGCAGGUACUUUGUUGUUUCAAAACUAGUGGCCUUAAAUUUUGAGUCUGAGUUUGUGAACGCUCACGCAAGUGUUAGUAAGAGCAUUGUUUGUAAAAUCAAAAUUAAUAUAAUGAAUACAUUGUCACUAUUUAAUGCACACAAAUCACCCUGAAGAUUGUUUUAUUUCACCUUACACUUUGUGCUACCUCACUUGAAAUGCACAAUAAGUGUGCUGUUUUAACUUUUUUGUCACUCAAUGUUUUAUUGAGGUAUAAACAUACUAUAUUGUAAAGUACACAGCAUAUAUUGUGGUGCACAAAAUGGCAAUACGCAUUUGUUCAUCGUGAGAGUAGUUAUACCUCUUUUUUAGUAUGAAGAUGCAAGUUAUACAGUGCACAAAUAAACUUCCCCAUAUGCAAUGGAAGAAAAUACAAGCUUGAAUAUAGAAAAAUACAUCCAAGUAGUUGGUAAGCAUGCAGAUAACCUAGUUUAGUGACCAGACUGAUAAAAGUAAACUAGGGAUCGACCGAUUAUCGGUCUGGUUGAUAUUCCGCAUUUACUGCAGUAUCGGUAUUGCCGAUAAUGCAGACAGCGCCUGCUAUCUGCAGAGACUCUCAGCGCGGUGAGAUGCUCCAGGGCUGGCAACACUGCUUCCCAGGUGAGAUGCUCCCGGCAUUUAUAUUUGUCCCAGUAUCUGAGCCAAAAUGUUUCCGAAAGUAAUGGCAUGGAUUGGAUCCCAACUUCCUUGCCUGUCUCGUUCACUUGUCCCCUUGGAUUCUCCAGGAAUGAAAGUGGUAUAGGGGACUGAGCAACCGGGCUCCCAUAGUCGACAAAUCCUGUUCGGUUCCUCCCAGCAAAGUGUCAUCUGUUUUAUUAUGUGCAGGGACUGUAGGUAUCACCAUACUCUGCAACCCCCUCCAAAAUGCCUCACAAAUGCGGUCAAAUGACCUUAAAGAGUCUAUCAAUGACCUCCUAUGGUGUAACACCAUUAAAUGUGUGCAACUGUGCUGCAAAAUUAAGUCAGCAGCAAUCUUGGAACUGUAUAGCAUAUGCUCAACAGUUUACCUGAUAAUCAGAGAAUGUCAGGUUAACUUGAAACAUUGAUAGUCACCGGGCUGCUUGGGAAGUAUUAGUGGAAUAGGAAAACACCCACUGAUCCAAGAUGUGGGAAUGUAGGCUCUAGUUUUGGACAAUUAUCUGUGACGAUUCUGAAAAAGCUGGUUCCAGCAUAAUGUCAGGAUGCUCAUUGUAAAUUCAGUACCAAAAAAAUACAAACACAUCUGGAUUUCUACACUCAAUGUAAAAGAUAAGCUGAGGAGCUUCUGACACCCAACCUGCUCGGUCAGCAGUCAGGACACACCUUCCUACAUGUACUGUUAUUAGUCCCCACUUUUUAUUAUAUUUAAAUAAAUUUUAAAGAAAUAUAUACAACUGUGAUACUAUUCUAUAAUGAACACCCUGGAAUAUGUAUUUCUACAAUAAUGUAUCUUUCACUUUUACAGGAUUGCACAUGAUCAAAGAAAAACUUCCAACAGCACGACUGUAGAGAGACAAAAAAAAAAACCCAAUGUAUUAAUACCUGUGAUUUUGGUGAAUAUUUUGGCACCGUUUGACAAGAAAUCCCAUUUAAUAUGGAAUCCGAUCUUAAAAGGAAGAUGCAUGCAAUGCACUUUGCUAUUUCUAAAAUUAGUAUUAAUUUUGUUGUACAUUUUCUAACAGAAAUGCCUUCUCACCCUUGCAAAACAACAGCUUUCUAAUUAACUGCAGAUUGAAAUAGAAUCUACUUAAAAAAAGGCCAAAUGACUAACUGAAUAUGAAAACCAUGUUCAAGAACAAACAAGCUGCUACCUGGGUGUAUAUUUGGGAGCCAUUUAAAGGUUGUUACAAUCUAUGUGAAGAUUGACUAGAAGUGGUUCUUAUUAAUUGAAAUAAAUACCAAUAAAAAUGCAAUUUUGAUUGCAUUUGUCACAUGCAUGCUCUGCAUUUGCUAAGCUUCCAUUUUUGUAUUAUAGAACAAAAAUUAAAGAGUUUAGACACCUUUUUGUUAUGCUUGUGUAAAAUAAUACAUCAUGUAAAAUCAUGUUUUGUUUCUUUUGUACAUUAAGGCUAAUAUCACAGCACUGUGACAUGACAACUUCAUGGAAAUUAUUAGACUUGUGUACAUCUGGAAUUUAAUUGUGGAGUCUUAUUCAUUGAAUAAUACUCAAGUGGUAAAUACCAGAUGGAUCACUUUGUAUGGGCAUAUAUUAAAUGCAAAUGAAAUGCACCAAUGCACUAGUCUAGAAGUAAACUCAUAAUUCCUAAACUCUAUUUUGGGUAAGCGUCCCAAAAUAUUCCCUCCAUUAAAGUAAAUUUCUUGUAAUCUUUCUGAGUUCAAAUAAAACCUGAAAUAAUAGGUGAAUCAUUGAAAAAGUGAGUUUCUCCAUUCUUUAUAUGGACGGAAACAUUAUUUAUUCUGAAUGGCAGAUCCUUUAAAUGGUUUAUCUGGAAAUGUAAGCUGAUUUUAUAUAAUCUUUUUGGAUCAUAAAUAAUUAUUAAACAUCCAUAGUGUUUACUGGAAUGAUUACACUAUAGAAGGUUGUGUAAGUAUUACCCUAUAUAUUCAUUUCAUCUAUCACUCUAUAUAAAGCUGUGCACCAUCAUUUUAGAUGUUGUUUAUAUAUUUUAUAAUUGACUUAAGAGUAGAAGGUCUGGGUUUUUAAGGAAGACAAGUUUGUAUGUUUUUAAUAUGUGUGUACAAACAGAAUACAUGCCAGGACCUGGUAUGUUUAGUGCUAAAACAUAAUCAUACUGCUAAUAUGUCUGUACAAUUUUGAAGAACUAUUCUUUUUUUUUUUUUAUAUAUAUAUAUAUUUUUUAAAAAAAAUUUUUUUUUUGUGUUUUAGAGCAUUGUGGUAAUUUAUUUUUUGGGGUUGGAAAUGGUUAUACCACUGGAAUGAAAUGUUAUGUAAGUGUACGUUUAAUUUAAAGAAACACUGUGGUGUGUACAUUUGUAGGGUUGCUUAUUGCCAUUUCAUUGUAAUAGAAAAUGUUGGUAAAAAUUACGUUUAAACAUUUUCCAGGUAAACGUAAAGUGCCUUUGUUUAAACUGUCCAUGUUUAGAACUUAACUUAAGUGAGAUUAAAAUUAUAUGCACAAACAAUGAUGUGUAUGACAUCAUAACAUACUAUAUAGCCUAUAGAAAGUCCUAAAUUAUUCCAGUUCAUUGGUUAACAAAAUAUAAUGUUGAACAAACCCAACAAUCCAAAUCAUAAGUUAAUAUGACAGUGUUUUGAUAAAACUGUUAAAUCUGAAAGUUGUAUUCUCUAAGUAGAUAGUGCUAAGUAUAUUCACCCUUUGCAUUUCUUACUAAACCUUAAUAAAUAUUUUUUUCCUUUUGAAUUUCUUCACUGUGGUAUACACAUGCAAAGUAUGACAUUUCUUGCAAUGCACAGCUUCUAGAAUGUCCAGUCCAGCUUUGAAUAUAUAUGGUUGUCUUGUGUCCUACAUAUUUGAUGUCCGAAACAAGAUUACAUGCAAAUUUAUCAGAAUUUUGUAACUAUUUCAUAUUUGAAAUAUUCAUUGACUGUGUGUUAAACUUAAAAAUAAAAUAAAA